AUGAGCGCGCGCUUCCGCUUGCCUGCUGGCAGAUCCUACAAUGUCCGGGCGACGGAGCUGGAGCGAGACAGGCAGCACACACAGGUUGUGUGCAACGUACUGCUGCUGGACAACACAGUCCAGGCGUUCAAAGUCAGCGUAAGUACUUCUCUCUCUGACACACUUAUGAACAUAAACAGUUCAAACUCUACUUGUAGAGGACUAUAAAACUUUGUCUGCUGUGAUCUUCUUCUCAAACCAACUCUUAAAAUACAGAUUUUGCAGAGAAUCAUCACUUUUAGAUUUUCCUUUGCAUCAGACUACUCUUAUAAACUCGUCAUGCAUUCCUUAUAAUAUCUUUUUUAUAUCAUCCAUUGUGGACUUUUUAAAACGAGAGGACACUUUGAACUGGAAACAGAAAAUAUUUGUGCAUUAAUCAAACACAAUCCACUUUUUCUACUUCUCUUUCCUGUGACACUCGGCUUCUUCUAUCCCUGAACUUCCCUAAAAACUUUUUCUACUCCAGCUCAAGUUAUUUGGAGCACCAGCUAAAGAUUAGAGACGCCGUCUUCACCUUUGUAAACUGAGGUGAUAUCAUUUUGCUCACGCUGGUUUCAGUUGUCUCAGGUUUGACCUCAGGGGUUGAUCUGUCUGUCAGUCUGACUCUUGUUUCUCAAGCGGUCACACAAUAUCACACCUCCAGGGCAGACAAACUGGUGUGUGUGUGUAUGUGUGUGUGUGUUGGCACACUGAUAUGUAAAGCAGCAGUGUGUUUUACUUGGAAUCAGGUGACAAAUAGACUUGUGGCUGACAUCAUGGUCGUCUGUCAGUUUCUGUAAUGGCACAUAUCCGUUCCUCUGUCUGUCUCUUUGUGUCUGUCUGGCUGUGUGUGUGUGUGUGUCUCUCUUUUACCACGUGUUUGAUCAGCUCUACAACAGAACAAGAGGGGAAAUUCCCUUUGUGUGUCAGAAAACAGCUCCUUCAAUAACCUCCUGUCUGACAGAUCACAUCCUGUGUAUAUUCAGGCUUGUAUUCUUACAGAGACGUAGUAACAUUUUCAUUCAGACUGCGAACAUAAUGGAGAAACAUCGUCUUCUUUACGUCAAAGGCACAUGACAAUUCUGAGGAAAACUGUUUUAUUUUCUGGCCUUGAGCUAAUUUUCUUCACUAUCUCUGAAACUUUCCCUCAUUCAGUUUCUCUCUCUCUCUCUCUCUCUCUAUCUCUCUCGUUUUCUCACCAAGAGGACUCCAGAUGUACAUUUGGUAUUUUUAUAGCGUAUAUAAAAACUUUUGGAAGAAGCACAAGUUUUGAUGCGUGUUUUUUAAACUGAAGUGAUCCAACCACAUGGACAUAAGAAGUUGAUUUGCUGCAGAGAAAAAGUCUUCGAACAGAAUUUAAACUCUUUCACAAGUAUUUCAAACAACAUAUAACUUUAUUUUGAACAGUUACAAUAGCCAAUAUCUGCCUUAGCAUGAACGGAAACUGUGUCAAUAUUACUUUAACUAAUUGAUUUGGUUGCAAAAAACACAAGGAAUAGAGGUAUUUGAUAGAGAAGUUGUAAGCUAAGCUACAACACAGUCCAAUCCAAUCCACUUUAGUUAUAUUGCACAUUUUAAAAAAGUUACCAAAGUGCUGCGCAAUAAAAUUGAAAGAACUGACACGGCAGAAAACAUCAAGAGAAAAUAAAUAAAAACAGUUAAAAACAUUUCAAAUGAAAUAAAAGAAAUGAAAUCAAAGCAUGAAAGAAAUAAAAAUGAUAACAGAUCCAUAAAAGACAUAAAAAGACAGAGAUCACACAACUCUCAUUUUAAGAUGUGAUUUAGAAGUAGAAAGUGUGGGGGAUGUUUUAAUCUGCAGACCUCAAGGAAUGUGGGGGGGUAUAAACAUUGAAGAGGUCAGAGAUGUACUGUGGUGCUGAUCCAUUUCAAGAUUUAAAAACAAACAAUAAAAUGUUAAAAUGAAAUCUAAAAUGAACAGGAAGCCAAUGGAAGGGUGGCAGAACUGGGGUGAUGUGGUCAUGUUUUCGUUUACCUGUUAAAAGACGAGCAGCAGCAAAAGAAAAAAAAAUCUUUUAACAUCAAAGCUAAAUUCUUUAACAUUGAACAAGCUUAAGUAUAAAUAAAAGCUUCUUAAUUUGAGGCUCUUUUUGAUAAAAAGUGAAGCUAUACCACUCGGCUUUUGAAACAGAGCACUUUUACAUCAUUGAACACCUCAGCAAAGUGAUCAAGAAUUUCAUUUUAGCUUUAUCUUUGGAUCACUAUCUCUCAGUCUCUUUCCAGCUCCAGAUUCGCGCCCCCUCCCUCCCUGCCCUCCCUCUUGCUGCCUCUCCCUGAAUGAAUGACUCGCUCUCUGUCAGUCUCUCCGUCCGUGUCAUUGAUCAGACCCUUGCAGCGGCAGUAACUUCCUGGAAAGACAAGCCAAGCCAUCCUCAGAGCAACAAUACUUCUAUUGAUCCUCUCCAUGGCCAACUUGAUUCUCGCCGAGAGUGAAAAUCCAGAAGCGGUCACUUAUCGUCAUGGGAACCAGAGUGCUCUUGGUGCACAUGAAGGCCUGUAUUGACGAUCUUAGAGAGAUGAAAAGCCUUUUGGCUGAGAUGAUACAAGUAGAAAGCAGAGUCUGGUGUAGCCUUAGAAGCUUGAUGGAUGAUAAGGAAUGAAAAAGCCCAGCCCACCGAUGACCCACCUCUGUGCGACUACAAAAGCACGUUUUUUUUUUUUCCUUUUGGAGCAAAGUGACGUGCAGCCGUAACCAUAGCAACCACUACACAUCAAAUAAACCUUUAGCUGUCGACAAGAGCUAUUUGUACUGGAAAAGAAUCUGAUGAUGAGCAACUCAGAGCACAAAUAAUCUCGUAAAAAAAGCUUUACAGUUUACAAGACCUGCAAAAAAGAAUGACGAUAACUGGGAACAAUGGUGUGACACCCCCCUCCAGAAACAGAGGCCCUAAUCAGUGUUUUAGUGGUUGCUAGUUUGACUCCAGUCUCUUUACCCUUUCCUUCCAUUACUUCCCCUCCCUACAUUUUGUGUCUCUCCUCAGCUGUCCUUUUAAAUUAAGGCCAAGACGACAUGACUCUGUAGUGGAAAUCGCUGCAUGUGCUCAAAAUCAUCCAGAAAUCAUAGUCUGUAAGCAAAGUUUAUCAACGCAAAACUGUAAAAUCGAAGAGCGAACAAUAUACAAGAUUACUGUAAUUCUUGCAAUAUAAGGCACACUUAAAAUCCUUUUGGCUUGUCGGAGCACUGCAGCUACCGUAGCCUCGCUGAGUUAUUGAUGAGUUAAACAAAGUUUGACUUAUCUGAAUGUUUUAUUUGGCUUAAUGCGCUUUAUAAUCUUGUGUGCCUUAUGUAUGAAAAUAGACGCAAAUAGACGCGUUCAUUGAUGGUGCAUCUUAUAAUCAGGUGCACCUUGUAGUGCGAAAAAUACGGUCUGUAUGGAUUCUCCAAAGACAGAACAGAUUUUUUGUGGAGGGUGUACAAAACUUUCCCUGGGUUACAGCACAACAUCAGUCAGAUACACUUUAAGAAACACAUUGUUCAAGGAGGAAAAUAAAUGUAGUUUAUUUAGUUGUUCUUUUCAGUUUCACAAAGGGAUAUUAAAAUAUAAGCAGAGCACAACAUCCCGUACUAACUGUUUAGUCACAGUUAAAAUAGAAAACACUCAGACAGUUAGUGUGAGAUUUCUUAAGUCUUGGUAAGCCAAAAUAAAGUCCGUUUGAGUAAAUUAUUUCAUUUAAAUUACGUGUUUGAGACAGACUUAGAAUUAGUGUGAAAACUGUGGAAACAGGCUCAGCAUAUUUGUGUUUAUGCUGUGGGCUGGGUGUGGCUGUGAGAGCAUACAGCUUCAUGAAACGGGGAGGUAUGUGCGUGUGUGGAGGGAAUAUAGAGCAUGUGUGCUUAUUCAGUCAUUCCCUCCUUAUUCUUUUCCUUCAGCUAUAAAUUUAUUUGAAAAGGGUGUUGCUUUUGCAGAUUAAGUGUGAUGAAGGGAUUGAAUCCCUAAGACUGGCUUUUGAGUAAACAAUCUCACCACAAAGUCCAUGUAGAAGCCCUUCAGAGCUCUUUGGAUUAUAUCACAUGCUCUUAGCAAGUUUGCCCAGUUGAAGCUGGCCUACAUGCUCCAAGACAGAUUCUUAAACAUGUUGGUGGAUUUUUCUUGAACAGUUUUCUGUUAAUUCAUUAAUAAGCGGUCUCAUGAUACAGUUAUAAAUGGGCCAAUCAGGAUUUGUUGAAGGGAUCAGUACAAGAACAUUCAUCAGGUUUGACGAUGUUGUUCAUGAGCUGUGGUUGUUAAGCCUACAGGACAUAAAACAAACCAAAACUAAUCAGCUCCGUCAUAAAUGUAACACCAGUGUGUGUCUGGAAAUGUUCUAACCUCAUGAAGUCACUACUUAAUUUAGUGUGUUUUGAUUUGGAUACAAACAGAGAUAGAUGACAGCGACUCCUCCUUCAUGUAGUUUUCUUCCUGUCUGAACAAGCCGCCCCACACAUUCCUGAAUUUCCAUCAUUCUUUUACACAAACGCGUUUUUGCCGCACAUUCAAGUCUUUCCGUUACGCUGCAGAGAUAUAAAAAUAAAUAGAUAAGAUGUGUCAUCCUUUAAAAACACUCAGGAUUUUCCCUCAGCUCGAUCAGUGUGAUUGAUGUUUACCCUGAAGGGUGAAAAACUUAUCAGAGCAUCUCCCUCUCUUUCUUUCUCUCUCUCUCUCUCUCUCUCUCUCUCUCUCUCUCUCUUCUCUUGUGUUCUGAUUGCGCUCUAUCCCUACGUCUCCCUCUUCUUCCCUGCUCUCACGCACACAGACACUAUUUCAGUCAGUGGUGCUGCCCGACUGAUGAAGAUCGACACAAAGAGCAUUUGUCUCACACAAUCGCAUCGUUAAUCAAGCUCUUUCUUUUUUCUCGCUGCUUACUUUCUUUUCUUUCCCCGUGUUUCUCUGUGAGCCUCUGUCUUCUAUCCCUCCAUUUGUAGAUCUUAGCUCCAGUUUGUGUUGCAGUAUCCCUUUUUUUUUUGUUGCGCUCAGUGUGUGAAGCCCACCAGCUACACAACUGCAGUAGGAAUGUGUGAAGAAGUGUGCAGGGCAUGCUUAGCUGUGUGCACGUUCCUGACUCUGUUUAACAAUGUAUGGCUGUGUUUUCAUCCUGCAGCACCCGCAGUUGCACAUUUGGGUUGCAUGCAUUUAGAAUACAAGUAGAAGCUAGCCAGCGAACACACACACAAACACACAUGUGCAUACACAGACACACACACACACGAACAGAGGGUUGAUGGGUUUCCUGGGAGCACAGAAUAAAGAGUGCUCACACAUCCAGCUUGAAAAGUUGCUUCAUACAAAGGAAAAGCAGUGGAGAUACACACACACACACACACUAAGACACACACACACACACACACAGAGUUUCUCAGACAUGUCUAUGAAUAGCCUUGCAUGGGGAAACAUCACAUUAGAGGCUUGCGUGUUUCUUCACAUCCUCAUUUUGCCUCUUUGACCUAAUUCUUGAAAUCGGUCAGGAGUGAAUCAAAUCAUUCCACUUUUAUUUCCUUUUUGUUACCCUGCGAAAUCCAAGAGUUACUUCAUGGAGUUGCCAGCAUAUCUCCAAGACAGCUUUCGUGUUAUUUUGUCACGAAUAUACAAUCUGCUCGUCAGCCAGAGAGUACUAGGAGUUUUCCAGUAUCAUUUAAAACAGCUCUUUUUUUUCCCCCAAGUUGAUCCCUGUAUAAAUAUAUUAGGGCUGUCAUCAACCAAAGACAUUCUUGGUCGACUAAACCCUGAAAUUCUUUUACCAAAAAUCGACUAAUCGGGGGUGGGUGGGGGGGUGUUCCGCUGAAUCUAAAUAUGUUUGAGUUGGAGCUGAUAAAUGUUGAGCAGCGGUUGGUGCAACAAAGACAGAGUAGAUUACAAAGGAUAUUUUGAUUGCAUGAUUAAGAGUCAGUCAAAAGUCACCUCAUACCAAGACUUCUCUAAUAUCUACUUCCAUUAGACUCUGAGGCUGGUGUAACUUAGCAUGUUACAAACUGUUGCAUUUCAUCCUUCAGUCCUCUGAAUGUGACAGUAAAGCUGUGUGAAGUGAGCAUGAAGUGAGGGAAAGAGCGAAUGAGCGUUGACUCACUGACUUAACAAGGCUCUGACAGACACACACACACUAACACACAGACAGAUACACACACAUUGCUAAAAGACUGCUGGUGAUCCUAGAGGGGCUGCCAUGUCGACAUGUCAAUCGUCAACUAUCAUGCUGUCCAUUCCCUCAACGCACACACACAUGAACGCACACACACAUAAACACACACUUGUGCACACACACUCUCUACUCACACAUGAUGCGCUGUAAAAGUGUGUCACGGGGGUAAAGGAGAGCGUUAGACGAGAGCACCAACUGUGUGUGUUUGUGUGUGUUCUCCCAUGAGAGCCCUGAUGGAGUUACUCUCUCUCUCUCUUUCUCUCUCUCUCUCCCUCUCUCUCUCUCUCGCUGUAAGUCGCAGCAGGAUCAGGUGUGAAUUUCUGCUCCACUUGCGGUCCCACAGUUUGUCCUCUCGCCCUUCCUACUCUCUCAUGGAAGGAUGGGAUAUUAAUGAUGUAUUUAAUAAAUAAUUCAUCAGCUUUCUUCCUGUUUCCCUACACCUCCAUCCCUCUCUUCCCUCUAUCCUGUUGUUCUCAGCCACCCUGUUUUUAUGACAGUUUUUUCAUUACCAGCCCUUUCCUUCCUUAAACGUCAGGUCUUUCUAUUUUGUUUGAAAAAACUUUAUCUGUUAAAAAUGAGUGAAACAUUUUUAACAAAGACUGUUAUUUAUCCAGUCAAGUUAAUGUAGGGUAGUUCGUAUUUCACUUCCACCAGUUCUGCUUACAAAGACAUGAGUCUGAUAACUGGAUCAGGCCCCUCUUGUUUACUGAUUUAAUGUGUUUUUUUUCCUGUGGUUUUUGAUUGUAUGGAGAUCUUGUGUAUUUAAGCAGCUUUUCAAAGUUUGUAGGUAAAACAGUGAUUAUGACGGAUACAGAGCAGCUUAGACAGGAUUUUCCUACUGAUUUCUAUCGAACCAAUCCCUUAUGACAAUCAGAGGAAAACCUGACUGACGUUUGCUGGAAAGGUGACAGCAUUAGUCACUGUGAGGUCAUUGCAAUAAUUUCCAAUAUUAUUUUUUUCAGUUUGAGAAUUACAAAGUGAGUGGAAACGUUGCUGCUCACUGUAAGGGAAAACCACGGUUAACUGAUAACUGCUGUAACUCCAGAGAUUCACCUCACUGUGCGAACUCCUGUUGACUGACGGUCGGCGGUCUCACAUAUAACGUGCAGUUCUCACUGCUAAUGUUCCUGUAACUUCAGGUACUUACGAUGACUUUUUAAAAGUGUGGAGGGGAUUUUAAAACUGCCUUUGAAACAGUCUCACUGAAGGAUGGGGAUCGACAACUGGGUUCACCUAAUAGAGCAUCUUUCAAAACUCCAAAAUCGGUAUAUUUUGAGCUCAUCGAGUCUGCUGUCGGGUCUCCAGGGCCCUAUGAAGUAACAUUAAUUUGAGUUAAGUCGCGUCAUGUUAAUUAUAAUCUUAUCUUUGUCAAGUCUAGAUGAUGCACACAACCUCCAUGGUCAAGUGAAUAAGCAUUGUAAAUGACUGAUGCUGGAGCAGAAUUAGUAAAAAGCCGUAAGAUCUAGGGCUGGGCUAUAAACCGAAAAUUUACUAAUACCUAAAUUUACGUCAAUAUCCGACGUCAUUUUGCCCAAGUCAAUAUAUUCUGUGUCAAAAAAUAAAUAAAUACAAGUUGGUUUCGGAUGUGUGGAGGUAGGAUAUGGUCUCAUGUCCCUUCAAGACACUGUCCUAUGCCAGAGACGUGUCUCCACCCCAUCCAGUCCGUAACAAAGAGGGAAAGACAGGUGAGGAGAUGGAGGACGGUUCAAAAGUUGUAGCGGCUGAAGUAGACAAAGUUAAUGUGGGAGGGUGUGAGCAGCUUGUGGGGUAGUUAUCGUCCACUUAACGUUAUCGAGGUGAACUUCUCAAUAUUUCGUGAUAUUGAUUUGUGGCCAUAUCGACCAGCCCUAAUGAGACCCCUGCUGAAGUAUUGUUGAGAUGGAGAAACUCCACAGCCAGGUCUCUGCAGGUUAAGAUAUCAAAAUGUGCACACUGGCAUUACCGAGUAGACAUUUAUUUAGGGGACUGGAGGAUAAAAAGUCUGAGUUUAGUUGCUGUGAUAUGACAUUAAAUUGUUAUACAGCUAUAAAGUGAACACACAUAACUUUGUCAAAGUCGUGAUAAACCAAGAGAAGCAGGAUUAAAAGAGGAUCUGUGUUCUGUACAAAUUCACACUUGGGAAAGAAGCACGUCUCACUGACAGGUUGACGGAAAAAACAUAAUAAAUGUUAUCUAAAGCUGUCACCAGGAUCACCUCCACGCCAAAACUCCUCCUCACAGUUUCCGUUAAAUCCAGGAGAUAAUUUCUCUCUGAAGCACGCCUUCAAUUUUGUGCUUCCUGUUUGAUUAUAGAAAAGCACUUCCUGACUGUCUCGGUGUACUUUUGUAAGCAGAUGGUCUGAAGUUACUUAACCAUGUUAAAGCACCCACUCAUUGAUUCACUUGAAUCUAAUUACCUUCCUGAACCCUCUGUCUCUUUCUCUAAAUGUUCCUCUUUCCAUGUCUCUCCUUUAUGCAACCCUGACCACAGACAGACGGUGUGGUUUCAGGGUUGAACUUUGUCAUUUCUUUCUUCUUUUUUUUUUCCACUCUGACUUUUGUUCAGUGCCAAAAAUGCUCUUCAGUAGUGAGCUUCUGACUCCUCUGUAUCUGCUGCUGUCUGAUCUCCUGACAGUUUACAGAAAACAGUUGGCCACACAGAGUCUGCUCCUGUUACACCGUUUGCUGUUAAAUUAGCAAAUUUAACACAGAUAAGAUGAACUACCUUUGUUUAUUUUGGAUCAAAAAUGGAGAAAUAAAUUUACAUUUAAUUGCUUUAAAAACAGAUGAUACUAUCAUGUCAUGAUAAUAGAAUUUUUUAACUUUGAUAUGAUACUAGUAAAAAUUGAAACAUUAAUCUGCGUCAAUACCACAGCAAAAAAUGUAAGAAAACAAGCUUUCUCAUUAUCCAUAAAGGGUUAUGAUCGUUCAGGCCCUAGUUAUGAUUCAUCUGCGUUCGACAGUCAAAGGUAAAAGGCCAGUGGGGUGACAGUUGUUGCCACUUUAGCAUCUAAAAGAGAAGAGAAGCAAAGACUACUUUGUCCACAGGGGGCGCCAAAAUUGAUUAAGCUUAAAGUUCCCUACAGGAGCUUUAAAGCCUAACUACCUCUUAAAAUGAUCGAAAAAUAACUCUUAACUUUCCAACCUUGUUAUUUUUAACAUAGAAAUAAAGGAUGUUGCUUUUUUAAAGCUUGUAGUAAUCUAUAUAGAAAGUAUUCAACACUUUAAUAGCACGUUUUUUAUUUUAUUUAUAGAAUUUAUUUGAACAUGAACAACAACUAAACCUGGUACAAAUUAAAGACAUGAACACAUAAAAAAACAGAAAUAAAACAAAACCAGAGUGUCAAAAAAUUUUGUAAUUUGCAUAUAUUUAAGUCAGUUUUCCUCUUUACACUCCUGUUUGUCACUUUUCUCUGCAUCUGGUGACAGUUUUCGCUCAGAUGAAUAUGUGACCUUACUGUAUUUACUGUAUUUACGUAAUAUUUUCAACCCGACAUUGUUUCUAUGUUUUAAAGACCCUCGACUCGCCUCUUACUUGGUGAAAAUAUGUCAGAUGAUGUUACACGGUCACUGAAUCAACCACACAGUGAAGUAUAUGACAGUUACCCUCAGGCACACGUCUGCUUAAUCCUUCAUACAUGUUCUUCCCCAUGAGGUUGUUAACUGAAGCUGGAUAUGAGUCACACAUGAAUCUAAACUCAGAAAUGUUUCAGCAGCAAAGGGAGCUUUUAAUUAUUAACAUUUUUUUCUGAAGAAAAAAAGGAAUUCUUUGUGUGAGGCGUCCCUGCACCAUGCUUGUGUUCUCGUUUUCAUCUGGGGGAGGAUGUGGUUUAGCUACUUCCUCUCUCACUAACAUGCCCCUGCUCUUUCUCCUCUGACCUUUCACCAAAGCUGGGAGGACAUCAUUUAGAUAUCUUUGUGUUAAUUUGUCUCUAUUUCCCUCCUUUUUUGUUUCUCCUUGGAGCAGAAAUCAAACAAAGAAUUCAAACUGAGUGUGUUUUUGUUUCCUCUUCUUCUCUCUGCAGAAGUCGGAUCAUGGCCAGGUGUUGUUGGAUGCCGUCUUUAAGCACCUGGAGCUGACUGAGAGAGACUACUUUGGCCUGCACUUGGCUGAUGACUCCUUGGAUUCACCAGUCAGUAUGGUUUUUGGUCUUUUUGAUCCACAGGGCUGUGUGUGAGUGUGUGUUUGUGAAAGCCAGCGUGAAUUCAGCACCAUAUCCUGAUGUCACACUCAGAGUGGGGAGCUAAAAAUUGAUAAUGUGGCUCCAGGAUUGACCUGCUUGUGAAAAAGAAAGCGGAUAGUGUUCAUUUUAGGGGAAUAAAGUACAACUGGGAGCGCUGGGAGCCCCGCUACCAUGCCAGUGUCAGGGUCGUCCAGCGGUCUCAGAUCUUGACUGUACCGAUGCGCGGGAGGAGAGGUGGGGAGACAGCCUGCCGGCUUUGCGCUGUGCGGCACGGGUGAGCCGGCUGGACCCCCGGCUGCAGGGCCCUCGGCCAGCCCGAUCGAAGAAUGCAGGGAGGCCAACCAGGGCAGAGUGGCAGCGGAGGCCGAAACCAGCUGUGGUGCCAGAGCCGAGGGCGAAAGACCGGUGAUCCUGGAGGCCUGACUCAGGGAUAUAUGUUUGGCUUGAGCUGAAGCUACGGAUAUGAAGCCCUCCAGCAGCCUAUCCUUCUCACGGAGAUCAUUUUGCAGACGAGAAAGCUUCUCUUCCAACUCUUUAAGCUCUGUUUGUACCUGGGUGAUCAGAUCAGAAGUGAAGGGACUUAAGUACAGGUGUAAAUGAACUGCAAUGCAUGAUGAAGACAGGUUGAGAUUGGAGGGUAAACCAAAGGACCCCUGUCUGUCUCUCAGCAUGUGAUGUGAUCAGUGCAGGAGGUUAAUGGGUGCAGCGCAUUUAAUAUAACACGUGAAGAAGUAUUGUCAACGCACAGUAUGUUAUUUGUAUUUCUGAGACAGCAUUUCAGUUCUUUUUUGUGAGGAAUGAUCCUACACCGAGGAGGUAAGAGUAGAGACAGAAGAGGUGGCCAACAAGUAAUUUGUCAAAUUUAAGUUCUUAUCAAUUUCAAUUUCAAUAAGCUUUAGUGGCAUGACUGUUUCUACAAUAUUGCCAAAGCAUUUCAACACAACAAUAACAAUAACAACAACAAUAAUAAUAAUAGUAAUAACAACAACAAUAAUAAUAAGAACAAUAACAACAAAAACAAUGGUAAUAAAAAAAAUAAUAAUAAUAAUAAUUACAAUAUUAAUAAUAUUAUUAUUAUUACUGUUAUUAUUAUUAUUAUACAAUAAUUAUAAUAACUAUAAUAAUAUAAAAUGUAAAUAUAAAUAUGACUCUUUCCUGGCUUUGCGUUCAUACCGUUUGGUAUCAUUCAAGGUUUUUUAAAGUCAAAUGAAGGCAAAUGAGGCUCCAGGAUGAUUUGCAUAUGAAGCGGGUUAUAAGUGAUCACUGGAGGCACAUUGGAGCGACAUGCUAAUGCAGAGUGAGGACGCUUAGACUUGGUGCUACCUACUUAUGACAUGUGACCACUUCUGAAAUGUAACCGUAUUGAUAGGAAGUGCUUUAAUUCUUCCCUGAGUGUGACUUCAUGUGAAGAUGUUGUAUUAUAUUAACAUAAGCUGUCUCUGGUUCAGGCUUAUACAAUUAAAUGCAUCACGACUCUCUGUGUGCAUUGAUCUAUAUGGAAUCCAUGCAUCACACUGCAUAUAGUAUAUUUGUGUGGGUGUGUUCUAUGCACUGUGUUUGUGUAUUUCUGAAGGUGUGUGUCUGUGUGUGUGUGUGUGGUGAAUAAUUAACGUUGUGUUUUCAUGCUGUGGGAGCGUUCUGGUGUCUCUAAGUGUCUCUCAAUCAAUAUUUUACAGCGCUGGCUCGAUCCCAACAAGCCCAUCAGGAAACAGUUAAAAAGUAGGUGAAAUCCACAACAUACCACCUUAACUUAACCAGCUCCGAGCAUUUUCAGGAAUCAGCACAAAGGUCUGAAAGCUGAGGCAGUUCUUUCAGGUCCAACUUAGUCGCUGGAGUUUCAGAGCAUGGCAGCUAUUGGGAGCAGGCGUGUGCAGCUUCAGUCUCACUUCCAGUUAAUGAUCCCCACUCCACCUAAAGCCAAAGUGUCCAGUUAAAAAUUCUCAAUCUGCCUUAAGCGACGGGUAAACUUCAUUUCAACUCGACUCCUUUUUGAUAAUGAGUAAUAGAAUUUGUAACAUGAAGAACAAUUAAGACGUAGCCCAAGUGAGAAACGCAGCCCCCCUGGAGCAGUGAUUGAACUGUGUUUCAACUCUGUUUUAUGCGGGGUGACUGUUUCAUUGAGGAACAACAAGAGAGUUUUUCUUUUAACACAGUUCUUUGAAUUAGGCUGUUUUGUUAGUACAAAUGUAAGCUUUCUUUUUUUACCCUCCGGCUCAUUUAUCCCACUUGUUUGUGUCCUUGAAUGUCAAGAAAUAGCCAAAGCCUACAAAAACAAUGUCAGAAUAAGUAUCUAUGUCAUCAACUGCAUCAAUUAGGACUACAUGUUUUCAGCUAAUAGAGAAAUAUAAAGUAAAUGUUACUGUAUAUUACAUUUACAAAUCUGCCUCGAUGUGAUUUCCUCUUUAACUUCAUUUUUUCCAGGAGGGUCUCCCCAUAACUUAGGCUUCAGAGUCAAAUUCUUUGUCACAGACCCCGGCAAACUUCAGGAAGAAUACACACGGUAAGAGAGCAAAAUUUACAGAGAAAUAUAACGCAAAAUAUCUAUUUUCCAUCCAUGCAAAAGCUCGAUAUUAUCUGAUGGAAGGUUCGUGAGAUGGUGAAGGUAUAUGUUCAUACAAAUGCAUCAUCCCUGUCCCUUUAGUUACUGUGUUUUCAUGAUUUCAUCCAGUGUGUGACAGGAUUGUUGUUACUUACUGAUAGUAGAGCUGCCCAGUCGCUGUUUUUACGCAGCUUCAUUCAGAAAAAGAGAGAGAGAGAGGGUUAAUCUUGCCUGAAAAUGAAGAGACUUUCUCUGGGGUGUUUCUAGUUGAAUUCACUCUUGACUCUCUACCUGCAUCAGAAAGUCGAAGACCAAAAACAAACCGUUUGAUCGCAGCUCAUGCUGUCCCAGUAGGGCGUUUCUGUAAUUAUCCUUUUCUCAGAUUAGCUGGUACGUUUAAACAUGCCAGCCAUGGUGAAGCCGGCGCCGAUACAUAAUUAUCAACCUGCUGCUGUAUAUGACUACACUGAAGUAGAUUCAUCAUUACAUUAAACUGCUGGCUCUCUGCCACUGAAGUAAACAAUAAGUACAAUCAUCAAGAUGGAGAGUAGAUCUGCAAACAGGGUACACAAUGUCCCACAGAUCAUUGUGUAUAAAGGCACAUAUAUACCACAUGUGUAAGUGUAUGUCUCCUCAGUAGAUGUGAAAUUCUAAUUUAAAAGUGGAAUACAUGAAAAUAGAUUUGGGGGUCUUAUUACAUGGAUUAAACUGAUACCUUGGGAGAGAGUUUGUUUCUCUGAUGGAUGCAGGCUCAUUAAAGCAAAAUAAGAAACCUGUAUGUUUCAUAUCAGGUUCAUUAUGAUGCCUCCAGCCCACAGCUAUGCAAACAUAAGGUCUGCAACAGUGCGCUCUACAUAAACAACAUGCAGAGGAGGCGUCACAGCACCAUAUCGCCUUUUCUGCCUGCUGUUUAUUUCAGUCUCUCAGUCGUGGCCUCGCUCCCUGAGCCUCAUUAACACUUAGUAUACAGCUCGUUACAGCAGGGAGCGAGCUUUGGAUCUGACAGGCUGAUCUGAUGCUGGUCUGAAACCCAAUCCUGAUAGAUUUGUCUGAACUGCCCCAUCUGCACUGAGAAUUUUAGAAAGAUGCAACAAAAGACUCCCAACUGUUCAGCUGCUGAGAGCCGAUGUUUGACAUGUUGUUUUUGUACUAUUUCCUAUAGAAUUAAGAGUUUAUAAUAAUAAUAAUACAUUUUAUUAUAACCCGCUUUUACAAGUGCUCAAAGACGCUUUACAAGAAACAUAAUUAAAAUACAGAAAAUUUGGAGUAAUAGACCAACAAUAUAAAAGGUUAAAAAAGACAUGACAUGAAAAGACAAUAAAAGAACAGUUUACAGGUUAAAAGCCAAUUUAACUGAAAGUUUAGAUGGUUUGAAAAUCUAAAUUCAGUUUUUAUAAACAUUUGACCAAGUGUCUCAACUAUUUCAAAAGCUUCUGCCAAAAGGUUUCCAUUCACAGCGACUCCCAUCAGAAGUAUCUCUUUAAUAAUCCGACAGGCAGGUCUGUCUAUAACCAGUGAACACAAAGAAAGUGACUGUUUCUUUAUCCUAACGUGGCGUGUUGUCCUCCCUCAGGUACCAAUACUUUCUCCAGAUCAAGCAGGACAUACUUACUGGAAGGUGAGUGUGCAACAGACGUGCGUUUAUUGGCGCAGUAAGCUCAUAAAGGCUGCUGUGAUACAAGUGUUAUUGUGGCGCUGGAGAGUGCUAAUGGUCAUUAUUCUCUCAAGAUGUUAAGGGUAGCUCCUCCUCGGUUAGAUAAAAAAUCAUCUAGAUGUCCAUUACUGUUGAUGUUACUCUUUGAAACGAUCUGUACGUUUUAAUUCUAUCCAAGAAUCAGUGUCUAUACGUCUCAUUGUUUGUGUGUCUUUGUGUGUUCUUGUGACUUCCAGAUUGCCCUGUCCACACAACACAGCCGCACUGCUGGCAUCCUAUGCUGUUCAAUGUAAGUAGUGCUCCCUGGAUGCAUCCACUCUGCACAGCAAUGGAAAGGCAAUUCAUUAGGCCGCUCUUAAGCUGCACACACUGUUAAAUGUAAUGACUGUGGUUGCUCCAGUGCCUUUAUAGCUGGUGCUCUGAAGCCAUUAUGAUUCAAUUAAGCUGUGUGGUGAUAUUUGAUGGCGUCUGCAAUGAUAUGAAUAUUCAUUGUAAUGCCGGCUCUGUUUUUUUUUUUCCCGUGUAAAGGACUCCUUGUAGUCAAAUCUGGCACAGCUGCGAAUGAAAUAUUCAUCUAAAAUUGUCCUUUAAUACAGAAAAAGAGCUGAAUACAUAUUUACAUGCAGUUAUCAAGAGUCAAUAAUUUGCUAUAAGGACUCAAAUCUGGACUCAGAUCUAGACUAGCCAAACAAAGAUAUGAUACAGCCUUCAGGAGUCCUCUUGUCGUCUCGCUUGCUUUUCGGUUCCAACACCUUCUGCCUCCAUGAAGCCAAAACCGCUGGUUUAAAAACAUCUCUCCAGACCCACAGUUGUGUCUAUGCCAGCGGACUUUCAGCCUCAGUGCUAAUCUCAUCUACUGUUGUGAUGUAGCGUGUGGGUUAAAUGCUGACUGGGCCCCUCUGUCAUCACAAUAAUGACUCCUGACACACUGCUCUGUCUGUCCGUCUCACUCGCUCUUUCUCUUUUUACUGCAGCUCAUUGUUUUCACGCAGCCUGUUUUGCCUUCUGUCUGUCUCUUUCUUUUAUCUCUGUUUAGUCUUUCACGUCACUCCCUGCUUAUCCCUUUUUUCACACUCACACACCCUCCCCUCCCUUCCUCUCUCUCUCUCUUAUCCCCCCUCUCUCUUCUGCUGCCUCCCUCCUCCCUCUUCCACCUCUCUGGCAUAUUUUGUGGGGAAUUUGCAGAGCUACUGUAUAUAGGUCAGUGAAGAGAUUUGGUCUAGACUACCAACAUCAUGACACUACUGCUUUUACCCACAUGCAUGCACACACUCUGUUGCUAGGUGCAUGUUGUCACUUCGCUCAGUGCCAGCCCAGAUUAUGAAGAUAAAUGUUUGCUUUGGGAAAAACGGCUUGAAGCAGCUGCUAUGCUGCUAAUUCAGUUAGCUGGGCCCAAGUGCCAGCAGUGAUCACUCUAAAUCCUACACUAAAGCAUGCAUUCUCAAAACACCACAAAUCCCACCCAGCAGGCCUGAAGUCUUGUUGAAAAUUGACCAAAUGCUGUCUGAAAAGCGUAGCAUCCCCCCCUCCUCUGUUUCGAGGCGUUUUGGUGAAAGAAAUCUUGAAGCAGGAGAUGUGGGCUUGUGUAAUGCAGCAUUUCACAUGUACAAAAAUGUUGCAUCAUCAAACAGUUUAACACCUUAAAAGCUGGUUUGUCAUUGAUUUGCACACUCCUGCGUCUUUCAUGUGUUUAACGGUGACAGUGGCCAGUGCUGAGGCGUGAACAAACGCACAGAUUUCCAUACAUUGUUAGUUGAAAAUGUGGGGAAAUCACACACAAACACACACAUAGAGAACUUAUGAAGCCAUCAUCAUCUCAAAUGGAGAGUAAAAUGUCUUGCUAGUGCUUAAUUUGUCAAUAGAAGAAGUUAGGUUUUGCUCGUUUUUCCUCUUGAAAGUGGAUUUCACUUCAAACACAAAUACAAAAACAGAGAUCAGGCUGUCAGCUCAUCUGUGAGCUUUAUUAGCCUUAACAUUAAACCUUGUUAAAGUAAUAACUGCUGCAUUAAAAAAGAGAAAAAAAACACAACAUUAGCCCUCUGUGUGGAGAUGUAAGCUAUUGACCAGAUAUAAACUUCUCCCUGGAGUGUGCACAUCAAUAAGUGGUGCAGCUGGAAUUGAUUGGUGGGUCAAUAUGCUUAGGCUACUGGCUGGUAAGGUUAGUCCAGGGACUACUUCAGCCAAUUGAUGGUUUUGAGCUUCAGCUGCCAGCUAGUGAGCUAAUGGCUUUGGGGAUUUGCUUUGUGCUCAUUCCCUCUCAGAGGACUGAAGGAUGACAGAGACCCGGGAAUAAUGUUUCGUAUCUUAGUAUUUGAAAUCUCUCCUUUGGGCAUCUGCUGUAUGAAACCCAGUCAUUAAUAAAGAGCCAAAACACAUCAUUAUGCUUGUAUGCAUUAUGUAGAAAUUUCAGACAAGUUCUUAGAAAUAUUAGCUGUAAGUAUCUCAGUCAUUUGUAUAUAGAUUAUUAUUUUUAUAUUAUGUCUGCAAUAUGUACAAUGUCAAACUCUUUCUGGGGCAAAUAUUCAGUUUGUUCACCUGGAUACAUCAGUUGCUAUUUGACUAAAAGUACCCAGAACUUCUAUUCCCCUGAGCACGGUUAGCGUUUCAAGCGGGAAGUCUUUUACACCAGAACUUAAUUUAGACUCUAGUUCCUGCAGUCAAAAUGCACAGAGUCCCUCAAAAGGUCCAGGAAAGUUCUUGGUACUUGUAGUCAAAUGGCACCUUUGGUCACUGAUGUAUUCAGGUGCUAUUUGACUAAAAGUACCCAGAACUUUACUGGAUCUUUUAAGGAACUCUGUGAAUUUCUGCUACAGGAACUAGAGUCUAAAUUAAGUUCUGGAGUAAAAGAUUUACCCCUUGAAACCCUAACCCUGCGAAGGAGAAGAGAAGUCCCUGAAACUAAAAGUUCUGGGUAAUUUAAGUCAAGCAGCAGUUUCAGGGACGCCUCUUCCCUGCAGCAGGGUCAGGUUUUCAAAUCUUUUACACCAGGACUUAAUUUAGACUCUAGUUACUGUAGUCGAAAUGCAGAUAGUUCCUCAAUAGGUCCAGGGAAAGUUCUCGGUACUUGUAGUCGAACAGCACCUGAAUACAUCAGUGACUAAUGGUGCUAUUGGAUUAGAAGUACCCAGAACUUUCCUGGAUCUUUUAAGGAACUCUGUGCAUUUCUACUACAGGAUCUAAAGUCUAAAUUAAGUUCUGGUGUAAAAGAUUUACCCCUUGAAACCUUAACCCUGCUUGGGAGAAGAGAAGUCCCUGAAACUAAAAGUUCUGGGUACCUUUAGUCAAGUAGCAGUUUCAGGGACUUCUUCUCCCGCAGCAGGGUCAGGGUUUCAGAUCUUUUAUACCAGAACUUAAUUUAGACUCUAGUUCCUGCAGUCGAAAUGUACAGAGUUCCUCAAAAGGUCCAGGAAAGUUCUUGCAGUUUAAAAGCACCUUUAGGGUAAAGUGAGGCUGAGAACCCAAAACAGUGUAAAUAAAACUUUAUUUUAUUUUGGAGUGUUGCAAAACAGAAAACCAUCCACUAACAAUGUUACCACAUCUCAGUACCGGCCUACUACAUGCUGCAAUAACUUGACGUUUGGCUUUAUUCAAGAUCUAAAAAAUGUAGUAACACUAACUUACAGACCUGUGUACAAUAGGCACAUGUUUAAUCCUUAAUGCUUUUAUUCUGAAAGGAUAGGACAGCCGUGGAUAGAGCAGGAAACUAGGAGAGAAAGUGAGGAGUGACAUGCAGUAAAGAGACUCCAGAUUGGAAUCAAACCAGGGCCACCCACUUGAGGGCUACGGCUCCUGUACGGAAAGAGAGGCGCCCGAUUUAACCACCAGGCCAAACCAAUAAAGCAGAACGAUUUCAGUAUCUUCUGGGUUUUGACACUCAGUCUAGAUUCAGAGGCAUCCUUUACUUUAUGUGGAUGUUAUGGUAGAUGAUACUUUUUUAAUUAAGGAGGAUUGUUAAAGGCUGUGAGAGUUUUCAGCUUAGGUGUGAAGAUAUAUUUCUUUUCCUGGUUGUGAUUGUAAAAGCUCCAAGGCUCCAUCUGUUAACUGAUUCACAGCUCAAAGAAAAUAAGAAAUAUCCAACUGUGUGAGUAAAGACGGUGAGGGAAGAGAUGUACAGAAAGAUGUCUAAUGAAGAUGUACAGUUUUCUAAUGAGAUAAAGGCAAUAUAGUCCCCGUUAAAGGUGUUUUUUAGGGUUAAUAAUGCAUCAUGGCGCGGGAUAAUGUUCUCACAAUGUUUUUACAACUCUGAGCAGAGCAAGUCUCUUUGUUCGAGAACACAAGGUUAAUCAGGUUUUGAUUUGGGUAAAUUCACGCUAGGAUAUUACAAGUUACUCAAAAAAAUGUCACAACAGGUUUUUGUUAAGGGAUGAUUAUGAAUCAUGCUUGUUCACAAAAGGUUUGGACCUUUGUGUCACUCUUGUUUUUGUUUCGCUAUCGCUGCCUUUUCUCUGCGCUUUGACUGCCAAAUUGAGACGGUGGAGAUGCGAUGACGAUUUUAUUCUUUUCUCUCUCUCUCUCUCUGUAGCUGAGUUGGGGGACUACAGUGAAACGGAGCACUCACAAGGCUAUCUGUCGGAGUACUGCUUUAUCCCCAACCCCCCACAAGACUUCCACAAAGAGGUCUCCAAACACCACCAGCAGCACAGGUACGAUGUUAUACAGGAGGAAGAACCUGCAAUCGAAUGUAGGGACAAGAAACUGGCAGAUUUAACCCUUCUUGUGUUUGUGUUUUUUUUUCUUUUAUUGCUUGUAUUAUUGCAGAAACAGUGACAACAACUCUCUCUCUCUCUUGUUGUGUUGUUUCCUCUCUCUUCUCAGUGGUCUAUCUCCUGCCGAGUCAGAGUUUAAUUAUCUGAACACAGCACGCACGCUGGAGCUCUACGGGGUGGAGCUGCACUAUGCAAGGGUAAGUAAGGUUUUACCCACUGACUUCUCACACCUAUCUGCUUCACGGCUUGUGUGUCCAUAUGUGUGUGUGUGUGUGUGUGUGUGUGUGUGUGUGUGUGUGUGUGUGUGUGUGUGUGUGUGUGUGUGUGUGUUUGUGAGGGGGUUCAGAGCCUUCAGUGAGGGUUUCUGCAUGUCUUCAUAUGUUUGUUUGUGUCCUGUUGAAAUCUUUGGCUUGCUCUCCUCUCUCUCUGCUCCACAAUAACUGUGAGAAGUACAAGAUAAAGAAAAAAACAAACCCAGGUCCACUUUUGAGCAGAGGUUUCAGAGUUUAUCCAUCAAGGGGGACCUGUAGUUUAGGGCUGUGAAAGUCUUAAAUCUAUAAGUUCAAUAUUUUAUCAUCUAGAGCUGCCACCAUAUCCGAUUUUCCCAGUAAGACUAUUGUGACCAUAAAAAUCUCAACGUCUUUAGCAGGAUAACUACGGAAAACUUCAAAAUAAAACAUCAAAAUUAGUCAAACUAAGGAAAUUUACUCAACUCAUCUUUAUUUAUAAAUCACUACAAAACAACCCCAGCUGAACAAAGUGCUGCACAUAAAUAGACAAAAAAAAAAUUUCAGACAUUUCAACAAUUAAAAACAAUAUACCAACAUAGAUAAUAAACUCUAAAAUAAUUGUUUUAUUGUUUUUAAAAACAAAUUUAAAAACAAAGAAGUGUAUGACAAUGAUGAUCAAACACAGUACUUCAUAAUGCAGUCAUUAUCCAUUUCUUAAUUAAUUCAGUUGUAUAUGUUUCCCUUUACUCAUGAUCCACAACCACCCCCUGUGCUUUUAUUUUGAAGGAUACUACUUCAUUAGAUCGUAACCCUCCGCAGAGCUUUAACACAGUAUCAGUCUUAAAUGGAUGAUUAUCAUCACUACCCGGAUAAUGUGACAGCCCUGUUAUCUUCAAAAUAACUACUUUGCUAACUAAAACUUACAUUUCAAAAUCAUGCCUCAACGUCAUAAUCAUGAAAGAGAAGGAGAAGAUCUUCAUGAAAUGGGUCACACUGUUUUCAAGAACAGACUGUGUCAAUCUGAGUUCAUUCGCAGUCUUAAGGUUUGUUAUCUAAUUAGGCUGUUUAACGACUUUGUUUUGACAAAUAUCAAAACUUAAUAGAUUAGUUCUGCCGUCUUUUAAGUAGCAAAAGAAAAUCCUGUUCCAGCUUUCAGUCAUCAUAAGACCGCAUUUGUCACGCAGGAUGUAGAGCGUAUUGUGUAAUCUCCCACUUCUAAAUAUAUAAUCAAUGAGAGCACAAAUUGUCCCGCACUAAUUGUUAUAAUAUUACCGUGUGUGUGGGUUUCCCUUUGUGUUUCUCGAACAUCUACUCCCCUGUUCCUAGUAAUGUCUUCCUUUUGUACUCUCAUGUUUUGCUCAGUGUUUUCAUUGUGCUCCGCUCGCCUCCCCUGUCUCCGUCUUCAGCACGCUCGCACUCCCUCACCCACUCUUUCUUCCCUCUCCCUCCCCAGGACCAGAGCAACACAGAGAUUCUUAUUGGGGUUAUGUCUGCCGGGAUUGUGGUUUACAAGAACAGGGUACGGAUCAACUAUUUCCCAUGGUAAGUGACACAGCCACGCACAAAACAUAAAAUUACAUGAGUCAUUAAAUGGGCUGGUUCUCCAGCCAAGUGUUGCUGCAGUAUUUAUCUGCCGCUAUUUCAAGCCUAGUAAAUAAUCCUAGAAAAUAGAACGAACAAUAAAAACAAAAACAACCGAGCGAGUUAAAAAGGCAGCUUUGAGAUGAGUAUUUAUACGGUAGCACAACAAGACAUCUGCUGUGAGUAUUUUAGGACUAUAAAGAUUAUAUUAAGACCAGAACGCAUACUAAGGCGCCAUCAGGGUCAUGGCUAAUUUGACCGAUGGGUGCUCUUCUAUUUUUUAUUAGGACACUGUGUAGCUUUCACAAAACAGGUUGUGUUUCUCAGCUGGGGGCUUUUGGACUUUGAGGCCUGAACACAAGCUUCCUGUGUUAAAAUAUGAAGCACAAAAAUAGUGCGGUUCCUUACAGUCUUUCAUAAAUUCUCAUUAAUUUCAAGAAAAUAUCAGGAGGAGGACAUCUUUUAGGGAGUUUGUUGUUUGGUGAAGUAUAUUAAUCAACUUUUUUUUGCACUGCACAAAGUCACCAAAAGUUUUUUCAUAUGCCAAACUCACAGAUCAUUCUAGACUCCACUUUUUGUGAACCAACAGUGACCCUGUAGUUUUAACAAGCACUUUGCAGUAGUGAAAACAAACAGGGUUCAUGUGUACCUGAAAACAGUUUUUAUGUCUUUGAACCCUGACCCUGAGAUGUUAGUUAAGCAUUAGAGGUUAAACAGCUGAGUUUCACCAUUCAGAAAAAACCUCCAGGUUCUGAUUGUAGCCAACUGCAGAGCUCCCGCCAGCCUCAGGUGUAACUUGGUGGACGGUGUAACAGAGCUCCUUCUCAAACGAUAUCUUUAUAUCAAAAACAGCCAUGAUUUGGAUCUUUACUGGAGCGGUCGCAUUCCUAUUGCCAUGCUCUCUGUGGGUCAAAAGUCAUUAUUGAGAAGAAGAAGAAGAAGAAAACACUUAUCGUCUCUCCCCUCUCGUCUCCUUCACACUAGAUGUUCUUGUCACAGAAACACCUCCAUGUCAAUAAAUCCACAGCCAAGUGCACUAUCAGGGGCCCCUUCCUGCUGAAAAAAACACUGCCUUAUAUUUUGGUGACCUCUCACAGAGUGAUUAUUGGCAUAGCAUAUUAAUAUUUAAGCUGUAGUUGAUCUUUUCUAGAAAUUUGCAGAUGAUUCCACCAGAUUUUUCUGGGGACAGAGAGCUUAAUAUUAAACUAGUUUUCCUGGAAAUAUUACAGGCACUAAAUCUAGUCGCUGUCUCUCUUUCUCGUCCCAUUUUAUUUAUUUAUUUUAUUUCUCUCUGUCUAAUUCACUUACUCUCAUCACUCUUUAUGUUCCUGGCUCUGGUUCUCUCUCCAAAGCAUUGAUUCUUGGAAAUCUCCCAUGCUCUGCCGCUGCACAGUGGGAGGCUAAACAUUUAUGGGUGCUGGGGGUUGGAUAGUAUCUACUCAAAUCCCUGUAUCUCUGGGAGAUAAUUAACUGGUGUGUAGGCUUAACACACACAAACACACACUCUACAGGGACAUCAGAAGGUCUGAAAACAGUUCGAUUAGUUUGACACGAAUAUCACGCUGAUAUGUAGAUAACUGUUAGGGUUAUGCUUACAUACAGCACAUAGUUGUCAUCAUGAGCAUUAUAAACUUCCUGUUUACUCGAGAAUAAAGUAGCUUUAAGUUUCAUAGAAGUUUCCCUCUGUGUGCGGAGGUGUGGCUUAUUCAUGCUGACAAGCUCAUCCUCGUCCGGUUUAAGAUAGUCAGGGAUGAUGGUGUGGCUAAAGACAGGAAGAGAGUUGUCAGCUAAAAAUGCUCCAGUGUCAUGUGCACAGCUGGUUUCGUUUAAUACUCUUAUAAACAUGCAUCUCGCAAGCAAACAGGACAUUCGUGUGGCCGAUGUGCGUUUUUAUGUUGCAGGGCUGAAAACGAGAACAAACAGUCAAAGCUCAAACAGCAGAAGACGAAAAAAAACAGCUUAAGUCAGAGAGUGUGUGUGUGUGUGUGUGUGUGUGUGUUUGCAUUUGUGCAUAUCCCGUCAGUUGAGCUAAAUUUAGAGAUCAACAGUGGUGUCCCCAACAGCUGUCCUCUGCCAUGUGUGAAAAGGAGAGAGGAGUGAGACACAAAAUAGUCAACAGUGCCUCCUCUGCUUAUCUUCAGAGAUUUGCUCUCUCUCUCUCUCUCUCUCUCUUCUCUUCUCUGUUUUAUAUCUUCACCUUCUUUGUAACCGAGGCUCAUUGUUCCUGCUCCACUCUUGUCUCUUCUCAUAGUGUCUCCUCUCUCCCUUCUCAUCUUUUUUUCAUCCUCCCUUUUAUGCGAUAAACUGUAAGAUACUGUAAGGAAGGGUCAAGAAUCCAGAGAGGCAUUUCGAUUUUUUUUUUCUUUUUUUGCGCUUCUUUCCUAUUUCUGUUCACAGCAGCUUGACAAAUGAGCCACACUUAGAUGGGGCAUGACUCACGCUCUGCCUAAGCAUGUGUGUGUCUGUGUUUGUGUGUGUUUCUUCCAUGCAAGUGUGUGUGAGUAAGUAUGUAAAAUAUAUUUAGCAGGGAGCGAUGAGUCACAGCAGCAACAGAGCUCUAGGAAGGGAUUAUGUUACUCUGCUGCUCAUCAGCAGACCUCUUACUGCGGCUGUGCGUAUGUCGGCCCUCUGUUUCUAACGUUAGUAUAUACCGUCUCUACCUCUGAAGAUCUGCAUCCAGGACUAUCACCUCAGAGAAGAUUAACGGCCUUAAAAACCACAGGGUUCCUCCAGUAUGGUGUUAGUCCUUAGACCCUCUCCGUCCAGUUUCGGAAGAGAGGAAGGGGUUGGAGGUUAAAUGAACAGUUGGGAUGUGACACGUGGAUCAGCUUACUGAACAGGCGGUGCAUUGACACAUGUGCAUCAAAUUCUAUUUAUUGAUUCCUGAAAGAGAGGGUCGGGAUGUGCCGUGCCAGCUAUGAAUGCUUUGGGUGUGUUGGACUUGGACUCGUGUUUUAGAAAUUGUUCCAACUUUUAAAUUAAGCAGAUUUCACUAAUAACCAUAUAUAUAUAUAGUAGGAGUGGUAACAUAUUUAAGAUUUAGGUAAUUAGAUAGAUCUGUUAUUGAGAUCAUGGUGACUGUUUUUGAUUCAGAGGUUCAGAUGCUUAGAGAAAUUUGUGUGUACGCAGCGUUUUAAAGCCAGCCUCAUGUGGGCCCUCAAGGAACUUCAGUUUUACCACUUCUGCACUGGCUUCACAUUUUAAGACCUGGAGUUGCGAAAUGGUUUGUCUGCAAAAGUAACAAAAAAUCCCACAGAGAAAGAUUCUGUGAAAAUGUGGUGAGUUUUCAGAGGGAAAGGAGAAGUGAACUUUUGAGAUUUAUUUUGAUGGAUCUGUAAAGUGUCUCAGGAUAAAGCACAGCUUUACCAAGAAGGGGGUUUUAGAUUUUAUUAAAGCACCCCUGAGGAAGUGAAACAGCUGAUAUUGAAACGGCUAUAAUUCAGGCAGCGUGCAGAAAAACUUUUUCCAACCUCAAAGCUGCUGUGAGGAACUGUCAGGAACCUGUGUAAGCAGUCUUUCAAACAAAAAAAAACUUAUCCUGUUGUUUUUAGACGUUUGUCAUGGAAAAAGUUACAAAACAGAGAAAGGACAUUUUUUCCUGGUUGCUGUCAAUCAUCUGGUCACACACCCGCCCCCUCACACUGGUUUUAUACAUCAAAAAUUACAACUGAGAGGUAGUUACUGUAAAAGUCCAUAAAGCAGGGCUCCUACACAAGUAUGGAAUAGUAUGGAAGUAAUUUGAUCAAUUUUCAGUAUGGAAAAAUAUUUAUGUCAACAAACUAUAUUACCACAGUUAUAAAAUGCUGUUUUCUAAAACAGAAAAGAAGGUAUUUCCAAAAAUAAUUCUAAAAAGUAGGGUAUGGAAAAGUAUGGAAAUUCCAACUGUGUAGAGACCCUGACAAAGAGACAUUCGUGUCAGUUUCUGUUUCUUUCUCAGCCUUUAAAAAAACUCCUCACUGCACCUUUAAAUGAAACCAAAAAUGGGCUGAAAUGUAGAGAAGUUUAAGAAAAUGCAACACUGUGAUUUUUUUGUGUCCUUCUGCUUUCAGGUUGAAAAUCGUCAAAAUCUCCUUCAAGUGCAAACAGUUCUUCGUCCAGCUAAGGAGAGAGGCGGUGAGUGCACACAAAUGCACACACACACACUCACUUACAUACAUGCGCACACAUGCGCCAUCUCCCUGCCACAGAUGUGUCAAGCUCACUGAACAGAUGGGCUUUAUCCAAAAUGUGUGUGUCUCCGUACAUACUUCCUCUAUAUGAGCGUACGAUGUGCUUAAGAGCGACGUCUGCAUUUGUGUGAGUUUAAUCAGAGUCAGAUUAACCCCCUGCUGGCUGUGUCCUGGUUGACUGUGCUUUAAUCCCCCGACUGUGUCCUGCAUCUCUUGUUUGACACGUGGAUCUCUUUUCUCUGCUUAACGCAAACAGACAGCUUAUCUGUCACCUUCACAGUCAGCUUGAUGUUUAUUUCCAUCUGCAGAGUCCACAGUUACUUUUCUCCCUCCUAACUUCAAGUUUUAUCCUAUUUUCUCUUAGUUUAGGUUGUGUUCAUAAAUGUACUGCUUGCGUUUUUCCUCCCUCCUCCUUUGUCAUACUCCUCCACAUCUUGUCCACCUGCUGCUAUCAAGUUUUGGUCUUUUUUUUUUCAGUCUCUCUUCCUUUGUUUCUCUCGACCUCUGAUUCAUGCUCAAAUGAAUAAUCAAGCUGAGGGAGUUCAGUCCAAACAGCUCCAAAGCCUGUUCGUCUAAAGUAUUGCCCCCUUUGGCAACCUGAAAGUUUAAAUGGAAAUAUUUUGAAUUUUAAGUUUUAAAACGUUGGAUAUUCAUUUUAAUCAAAUGCCUCUAGGCUCUGCAGAUAGAGCACAUUAAGCCUGAUAAACGGUGACAAUUUAAGUUGCUUUGAUAAUCACAGAAGCGGUGACUGUUUUUCUACUGACCUGCUUUUGAAUUUAAUAGAAACUCAGUUUGUAAAAGCUUGACAUAAAGUCAUCAUUGAACACUCUCUGAAUCCACUCCUCGGCUGGUAAAAGCCAGGGCAGUGAGAUUGCAAAGCAGACCAUAAAUAGUACAUAACUUUGAUUAUUAUGAUUAAAGCACACUUUCACAAAAAACUGUUUAAUAGCUUAAUUUAAUGAAGGAACUGUUGAGUAUUUAGCUUUGAAUUGGCUUUGAAUAAUGAAGUAUUUGUAAAAUAUUUUGCUGGAAAUAAUAACCAAACAAUUGCAAAAGUGAGCUGAAGGAUCAAAAAAUCAAAAUAAAUGACUGAAAGUCAUGAUUAAACUUUGAAACAGUAAAACCUAAAAUAAAGAGUGGGUAACAUGUUGUAAUAGCAAGCUGAAAGCAUUGGCAAACAUCUGAAACUACUAAAUCUCGUAAUGCAAUAUUCUCAUAAAUCAUCGACAAAAUAUGGCUUAAAGCAUUUGUUCUCCUGAAGUGAAGGAUUAAAAAUGAAAAAAAAGAAGAAAAACUGUCAGAUAAAGUCUGAAAACAUGAAGCUAAAACAGAAACUGUUAAAAACGGCACUUCAUGUGACAAAACUCUGGCGAAAAUAUUUAAUAAAAUAAGUUUUAAAGUUUUGGUUAGACUCAUUUUAUCUUAUAAAUCUAACUUUAGUGUUCUCCAGCGGCUCUCUAACUGCUCUGCCUCCCCGCACACAGACUGAGACUCGAGAGACGCUGCUGGGUUUCAACAUGGUGAACUACCGGGCCUGUAAAAACCUGUGGAAGGCCUGCGUGGAGCACCACACCUUCUUCAGACUGGAGAGGCCCAUCCCGCCUCAGAAGAACUUCUUUGCUCACUACUUCACCCUGGGCUCAAAGUUCAGAUACUGGUAAGGACACAGAGAAAAUAAAAUCCACAGAGCAAACAGGGAGUCUCUGAGAAGUCAGCCAGACAGACAGAUGGACGUGCUCAGACACAGACACACACACACACAUGCAGCAGACUUGUAGAUGGCAUGUUUGUUUGGAAGCUGAUGCAGUCGUUUCACUUGAGGUUGAGGGGCUGAAUCACUGGGAGUCUAGUGGGUGUCUCGCAUGCUACCUUCCCUCAGAAAACCACAGCUAAAUUAUUCAUGGUUCGCCUCAAAAAGAAGAAAAAACUAAGUUGUUUGUGUCUGGCCUUGCAGCCGUUCUUUUAAGUUUCGCAAGAGCCGCUUUGUGUUGUUGUCCGUGUGGAAGCAGCCGGCGCUAAUCUCUUCACAUUUCCCUGUACAUCGCUUAACUUGGUACUGCAGUGUGUCAUGGCCCUCCAAUUUACUUUCACUUCAUUCGUAUCUUUUUUUUUUUUUUUUAAUUUCCUUUUUCUCAGAACUGUGAGUGAGACAUGAAAUGAAAGUUGAAGGUCUUGUGAUGCAUUAUUGAGCAGCAGUGAUGCAACGUUAGCUAGCCUUGCUCUCAGGCUUGGUAGAGCUUGUGUGGGUCUGUUUAUGCCCUGAAGAUGUUGACUGACUUUCCAAUCGAGAAACCAUUUCAAUGGCAAAAUGUUCCUUCUUAUUCAGUCAGAUUUUCGGCCCGUCUUUGUCUCGAUUUGAAGUUUCGGUGUCUGUUUUUGAUGUUUCUCUCUGAAGUGGGCGGACGGAGGUGCAGUCUGUGCAGUAUGGAAAGGAGAAGGGCAUCAAGGACAGAGUCUUUGCCAGGUAAUAAACACAUCCUUUUUGGUGGGGGGUCGCUCGUGUCUAGAUGUCGCAAUGCUUUCAAGUAUAAAUAAACACAGCAUUAAAUGUAAUGUGUUGCUUCUACUGUUACUACUACGUGGCAUCAAUCCAAUUGAAGUCCUCUUUCAUGCAGAUCUCCCAGCAAGCCAUUGGCCAGGAAGUUGUUGGGUGGAACAGACUGGGAGUCAGUCAGCAGGAACAGCCUAUCGGAUGAGAGAUUGGAGACCCAAAGCCUGCCCACACGCUCACCGCCUGGGACGCCCAAUCAGUGAGUCCAAAAUUCAGGGUCCAUGUCAGACUGAGGGUUUCUUCAGCGUCAUGUUCAAUCAUGUUCAUAGUUCAGAUCUACAUACUUUAUCAUCAGUUAUUUUCCAUAUUUUUAACAUUCUCCUUGUUGGUAAUAUGUUAUAGAAAAUUUUAAUUUCAAAGACCCAUAAGUAUGUUAAAGCUGAUCAUUUGUACAAGUUUCUAAAGAUAUUCAAUCAAGGAAGUGGAGUGUCAAAUUUUCCAAUAGUCUUGAAAGUAAUUUUGAGAAACUGCUGUUUAUACAUGUUGAAAAUUGUUGUUUUGAGAGGAAAUAAUUACACUGUUUACUUGUUGAUCUGAUGAAGAUUCAGACAUUUCUGCGUAUGCUCCUCAGGAACUCGCUGUUUGUCCAAGAGGGCACGCGGAUACGCCCCUCAUCGGUCGGGCACCUGGUUGAUCAUGUGAUCCACGCUUCACCCAGCCUGCCUGUCUUCUCCUCCAAUCACAAAUCAGCAUCGUCCACACAGGCUAACAGCAUCAGCUUGGACUCGACACCGUAAGUUCGCCAUUUUGUAACUCUCGUUUCUCCAUUCGCUCACGUCCCACCCUCUGUCCUCGAAGCUGUUUCUCUUUGAGGGGAAAAAAAAAAGACUCAGCCCCGACUUGGUGACAGGGAUACAGACUUGGCUGUAAAUGAACUACCUCAUAAAAAGAAGCACCCCUACAAAACAGGCGCCCUUUAAUUAGGAAGUUUAAUUUUACUCAUCAGCGCGAGUGCCACUCUGUCUGAGCGCGCCGCUGAGUUGACGUGUUUUUAAAUGUCUGUCUGUGUCUGUGGCUUCUCUCGACAGUUCACACCCUCUCACACUGUCACUUAGCCGGCCUCAUUGGAAAGAUGAACCCUUUGAGAAACAGCUUGUAAAAUGUGUUUAUAGAGGAUAACAGGGUGGAGAGGAGGGGCUGAACGGAGAAUUAGUGUAUGGGCGAUUUCUGCAAAACCUUGUUUUUCCCACAUCAUAAAAUAAGUGGGGAAUUCCUUAUAAGUCCCACAUGCCUGUUUCCACAGCCCAAAAGCCUUUAAAUAAGAGUGAUGUAGUUCAAGUGAGUCACCUUUAGAGAGCCAGAGGAUGUUAUCUGAGGCUUAAGAGUAAAGACACAGAGACAAACGCUGAUUAGUCAAACCUUUAUUCACCCUUAAACAGAAUGCUCUGAUUUAUUUUUAUCUGUCUUUCAGUAAACCUUGGUAGUCUCAUAUCUCAUGUCCCUGUCUCGGGGUGCCGUCGCGUGGCUUUCUGGAGUUUGGUAUUUGUUAGCUUCAUUGAUUUCAAACCUGGUGAACUUUGAGAUAGAAAUACCAAGCACAGACCUGUUUGAACUGCAAACAUAUCAAAUUAUUUGCUCUUUGCUCACUCAGUCGGCGGCGCUUGCGUGACGUUUCAAGAGGCGUGUGUUAGCACAAUGCCGGGGUGGUCGGUGCCAGAGUUUCUGCAAAUCUUUUAUAUUGAGCUGAAACAGAGCCAAGCCAUUUUCCUGGACCCUCUGAGCUAAAGUCUGCGAUUUCAAUGAGUUAUAUGAUCGUUAUUAUACGGUUUAUCUGUUGAUACUGUAGGUGUGUGUGUGUGUGUGUGUGAGAGCGUAGAAAAGAGAGGGAAUGGAGGUGGAAGGAUGGAACAUUGCUCAGUUGGAAGUCAGAGUGGUUAAGUAACAUUACAGUGUAAGUUCCGCUGCCUACAAGGCUACACACACAAACACACUCACACACACGCUCACACAGUAUCACACGCCAAAUAGUUGGUUCAUCACUGUUAUGGAGCCAAACCAUGACAUAAUCACCUGCUCCUUUUUGCUCAGACAGCACACAGAUAAUCCACGAUUAUUAUUGUUGUGAUUUAGUUUUUAUUUCCAAUCGUAUUCUCAACCCCGCCCUACGUUUGCUGUUUUUUUAAAAACUUUAUUAUUUUAUGUUUUAUCAGUCUGAAAAAUCCCAAACUUAUAGACUUAAAAACCCACUUUUUGCUCACUUGACCACUCUCACUGCGAAUUUUGCAGUUUCCCUCUCACUUACGAAAAGUGUGUUUUCACUCCAGCUCAGAAAAUGUUCGGACACUGAACAAUAUUGACUUAACCGUCUCAAUGCUUCGUCUCCAAUAAAAACUAAAUCAGAACAGUUUUAAAUCACACAGACCAGAGUAUUUUACAGUGACAGCUCCAUAUGCAUGAAAUAGAGCUAAAACAAUCCCUGUAUGAUGUUCUGUUUUUAGUUUGGUGGAGCGGCAAUUAUAAAUUUAGCUAACCACCUCAUAAGACGCUGAUGGGUUUUAAAAUGCAGUGUCUCUGUCCUUGACACUGUCGAUGAAAGUAAAGGUUCAAUUAUAUACUAUAAUGCAUAUGUACUAUAAUCUGCUCUUUUCAAGCAUAGAUUUAAAAUAGAGAGUGGAUUUAAAAAUAAGCUGGUUUUAAAGGCGGCAGGGGUGUGCACUUCAGUGUUGUUUGAAUUGGCUGGUUUGUUGGAUCCAACAUAACAGUUUCCCACUCAUGUGAACGAGCAUGUGGUUAUUUAGUCACUCAUUUAUGACAUCCUCUGACAGGCCCUCAGUAUAUCACUUGAACCUAAAAGUAGACACUUGGGAUUUGGUAAUGGUCAGAUUAUCUGUGAGGAGGAUGGCUUAGUAGUACCCGCUGCAGAUCAAAUCUCCUUAUGUCAGGACUGUGGACAGCUCAGGAGCCGGUAUGAAGACGCUUCCAUAUCCAUUUCACUUGUCCGUGUCGUGUCGAAGAAGCACACUCAUGUAGGAGGAUGCUCGGCCUUGGCUCAGGCCUGCUGUGCGUUGCCCUCGUUCUGCGAGCAUGACCUGGUUUUGACCCAUAAUAAAUGAUCUGUUUCUGUGCGUGUGUUAAAGACGCAAAGUGGCACCAGCAGCAUCAGCCAAAACAUAGGCGAUGCUCUUUGACUGGUGCACUUCUCCCCGAGGAGAGCCUGCGCACGAGCUCUCACACACACACAUUUACAGAUCCAGAUGCAGUGUGAAAUGACAGGCUUUUUACCCCCCAGAGAGUGGGACACGAUGCUGCUGAAAGCCUUACCUGACUGACCGCGUUGUUUCAUCAUACACACUGGCUGCCUUUUAUUGUCCGUAUGAUGGAGGAGGGGGGUGUUUUCCUUCCUUGCGCUGCCUUUUUAUUGAGGUUAAUGCAUUGUGACUAACACAGUGCUAUUAAGCCUCUCUGUCUCUUGCAAUCUCUGUCUCACCCGCUCCCCUUUAUCUGGUUUUCUCCAUUUGUCUCCUCUUUUUUUAACCAAAGGCCUCCUCUUUGUCAAACAGACACAACAAGCCGCGAGAUCACUUCUUUUAUUUUCCCUGCCUGUGUGUGUCUGACCGUAUUUGAAAACCAAAAUGUCAAUGAAGUUUGUGAUUAUUUACUACUUUUUUGUGUCUUUAUUUGUAAUUUCAAAGACACAAGUUUGAUAAUGAAAACUGGAGGUGUAAAAGGGAAUGAUCACAUCUUUUUUAAUCGGAAAGCACUAAUUCAAAACUUAACCUUUUGCUGUAUCCGUCUCCGGUCUGUCCUUUCCCUUCAUUAGAUCUCCAGAGGGGGUAGACGGCCAGCCCCCAGCCUUGCCCCCAAAGCAGCUGAGCAGAAAGACCUUGAGUCAGAUCAUCCAGGCUCACUCGCAGCAGAGCCUCCUGGACAACCACCUCAAUGAGAUGUACGAUGUUCCCGUCAAUGCUGAUAAGACAACGGUCAGUAUCAGGACACGACACUGUCAUUUUUCGGAAAUCCAAUACCAUGCGUGGCUGUGGAGGCCAUUUGAUUCGGUGUUGAGCAAAUGAUAGAGCACGGAUGAAUUAACCACCUAUACAUGGCUUUAUGCUGCAAACUAAAGAUGCAGAAACAGGCACAGGGUGGUGAACAUACCUUGACUUGUAAAAGAAGAUAUAAACUUUCUAGAUAACUCUUUUUUUUAAAAAGCUUGUGUAUUUGUUUUCUUUCAGCCCCCUGGUGGCCAUAAAUCAAAACUGGAAGCCUCAAAUCUUGAGCUUUAUUUACAUUGUGGAGUAACUAUUUAGGUCAUCCGCUUAUUAUUUAAAAAAUGAUUCAAAAAAGUGAGAAAAUUGUGUAUGAUUUCUUUAUUUUAUCAUAAUUAGCAAGUACUACACCCUAGACAAAGUAUUUCUGUGUAGGAUGGUAUUAAAAAAAGUCAUCCUCAGAUAUAAACAUGAAGUAUCUCUGCUGAAUUUUCCACCUGCAGCUAAAUGGAGUCGUCCCUCAUGAUAACUUAGUCCUGAUCAAGAUGAGACCUGACGAGCACGGACGAUUCGGCUUCAAUGUCAAGGUAAAGUCUUACACCAGUUAGGACACAAAAGAAAAGAAAAGUGAUUCGUGAUCCAACUGUUGUUCUCAGUCGCUUCUCUCUUCAUCCAUCUGUUCCUCCAUCUCUCCUCUUUCCUUCUGCUAAUUAAUCAAAACCCUUGGCACCAAUUGUCUGUUUGAAUAAUGACCAUUUCUCUGUGCCUCUUACUUUGUGAGAGAGAAACCCGUGCUCAGCUUUCUGCUGUUAUCAGCAUGUUUGUGUUUGUGUGGUUUUAGGGGGGAGCUGACCAGAAGAUGCCCAUCAUCGUGUCUCGAGUGGCUCCAGGAACAUCUGUAAGUUCAGAAUUGAUCUAAUAAAGCAAGCGGAAGACUCAGUUCGCAAAUUUCAAAUUGCUGCUGCAGUAAAGUGAACCAAUACUGAAGUGAUCGAUUUCUCUCUCCUCAGGCCGACCUGUGUGUACCUCGCCUUAACGAGGGCGACCAGGUGGUCCUCAUUAACGGUCGGGACAUCUCUGACCACACCCAUGAUCAGGUGGUCAUGUUCAUUAAGGCCAGCUGUGAGAGCCACUCCGGGGAGCUUAUCCUGUUGGUCAGACCAAACGGUGAGUGUGUUAACCAUAGACAUUAUACACCUAGACGCCUCAUUAGGUGCUGGAGCGUAAUCCAGCGUCACCGCCAUAUUGGAUGUGUCUCCCCACUCCAGGCUCAGUCAAGAGCCAAAUGGGGUUAAUGGACAACGAGCAACUAUGCCCGUAUUUUUGCACUCUAUGGUUGGAAGACCCAACGCAUUAUUGAAACCAGAUCACGUAAGAUUACAUUUUACAUAUGGGAUUGAAAAAUAAUUUGGUUUAUUUUUAAUGUGUGACAUUGUCCGGUAUUAUGGCUACAUCCCUGCAGUUGUAACAAACCAAACAGUGUGAAAAUCAGGCAGACUUUCGGAGAGUUAUCAUUAAUAUGGUUGGGCAUUCCUACCUACCUUAAUGCACUGGAGGCGCAUGGGGGACCCAUCCAAGAUGGUGGCUGCGCUGAUACCUGAGCUCCAAUAGGCAGCGUCAGGCUUUGAGGCGUCUACUUAUAUUAGGUCUAUGGUGUUAACUUUAUUGAGGGUGACCAUAUUCUGAAUCCCUGAAAAGAGGACACGACUACGAAUCACGGAGUCGCACAUAGUUUUGAGAGUUUUUCGGGUUGGAUCGAGUGUUUUUUACGCGCUACUAACUUAAUAAACCUACGAAGCACAAACUCAAAACUUCCAUACAAGUCAUACAACAUUUGAAGGAUUUUAUAAACCACCCUGGACAAAGUCGGACAAGGCUGGACAGGUCGGUCAUCCCCCAAAAAACAUGUCUGGGUAAAAGAGGACGUAUGGUCACCCUACUAUAUUAGCCCUGUAAAUCAUGCCUAAUCAGCUGAACUGACCAGUCAGGUGAAUUUCUGACAUGUUAGAAAUAUCGGUCAGGUGUCUUUAUCUUUGUGUACAAUUAAAGCAAGGAUAUGAGCCAUUUACCCAUUGUCAGGGCUUUUGUUCCUGUUUCCUGAGUCUGAAAGCACCAUGGCAACACUACAGAUGAUGUGGAAGUAUAAAAUUCUAUAAUCUUGACAUAAUAACCACUAAACAUCAACUCAAUGAGAUGUUGCAUGAAGUACGAGAGUAAGAACCUGGCAAAGUGUAACAUAUGGACAGCCUGUUCAGUCCACUUCUGGAUAUUAACAGUUGCACAUCUGGCUCCCAGUUUGGAUUCUUCUGCUCUCCUCAGUCUCACACGUGCAGAGCUCUACUGUACAGAAUGUACAUUUUACUUUCUGUACAUCUCGCCUGUACGUUUUCAUCAUGCGGAAAAAACUGCGAUGGAUUUCUUUUUAAUCAGCAUCAGCGAACUGAGGGGCAGCUUUAAAAGAUGAUGAAACAUGGAAAUUCUUGGUAUUUUAAAUGGGUCAGAGAGGGAUUUAUGCAUUUUAUCCUCUCUUACAUCAGAGCGCAUAUAAGAUUUCAUCAAUGUAUGUAACGCCUGUCAAUUCAUAUUUGUUUUGCCGCUUAUGUAAAAUAUAUGCUUAUAGAUAUUUCCACAUUUGAACUAUAUGUUCCCCUGGUGCAUUGGUUGUGAUUUUCAGGGUUUUCUUUCCCUUCCAUGUGUUUCCUUUCAUUACACCCUUAAAGAUAAAUGAUUUCCCCUCAGGCCUCUGCCUACAUAAACAGCUGUUUGUGUACAAACUGUGACAUAUUUUCCUUCCUGUCUCACUCAGCUAUUUAUGACGUGGUGGAGGAGAAGGUGGACUCAGAGCCAGAUUUUCAGUACAUCCCCGAGAAGUCCCCUCAGGACCCCACACAGCUAGACCAGCAUGCUUUGAGGGACUCCAUGGUCACCCUGAAGGAAGGCCUGAGCAGCGGAGCCAUACUGGCACAGUUUGAUGUAAGAAAAGAGACUCGGGGCUCACACAGACUUAUAAAUUCAAAGCUUAUUUUCACAUUCCUGUAACUUUCUGUCCAUUAUGAAAAUCGCUCAGCAGUUUCCUGUUUACUGUCCGAGUUAUUCCUGGAGUUAUGAGGAGUUAUGGAUGCAAAGCACACACGCAGACUUACUAUGACUUUGCAUAAAAGCAGAGAAAUGACGCCGUUUUUCCAUUUUAUACCAGUUGAAUGUAAAUAUGUUUCCUCUCUUACAGCAACUGUACAGAAAGAAGCCGGGGAUGACCAUGCUGUGUGCCAAAUUACCUCAGAACGUUUCCAAAAAUCGCUACAGAGACAUCUCUCCUUGUACGUGACUGCACAGACAUUAACCUUCAGUGACUUCAAUCGCACGCCACUGUUGUUGUUUUUUUUUACUUCUCUUGUGUUGUCAGCUCCUCUCUCUUUUUCUCCACGCUGCAUUUCUUUAUAUAAGCUCUAACCCCAUCUGUUGUCUGUCCCUCUCCCCUCGUCAGAUGAUGCCACGCGGGUCAUCCUGAAAAGCACAGAUGACUACAUCAAUGCAAAUUACAUCAAUGUGAGUUUCUCGCUCCUCCUUACUUCUUCUCUUUCAUCUUUCCGGUCCAUAUAUCUGCUCUUUGUUGGUUGGAGGCGUGGUGGGUGGUCUGUUACGUUAACUAUCAAAACACAUGUUGAACGGGCAUGCUGGUGAAUGAGUUAACCACAUCCACUUUACAAGCGAGUAACACCGUGAGUUAAUGUUUUGCAUGUUUUUCACAUCAGUCAGUGAAGUUAGCAGCACCUUAUUGAUGUUUAAUGGUUCAGUGUUUUGACGUAAACUUUCCUUACAGCUUAUUUAACUUGAGGUGAUACAUUUUCAGAUUAACGUUCCUCAGUGUAGAAUUGCAAAAGUAUUCAAAGGUGAAAAGGGAAAUCUCUAUGCAAAUGAGACAAGGCCAAAAACCGCUCUGGAUGGCUGUGAACUUACGGCCCUCAGACACAUCUGCAACUCACCUCACUUGCUUGGAAUAAGUUGGAGUUGAUCGCUGCACUCACAAAUCCGGGUUACCAUGAUUCAGAAACACUGGCGUCUUCUCUGAGUCCAAACCCACCUAAGAUGGACUAAGGCAGAGUGGAAAACUGUCCUGAGCUCAAACAAAUUCAACAGUCUUUUCUGGAAAUCACGGACGCUGCAUGCUCCACUCUAAAGAGAAGAGGGAUCACUUAGUUUGUCAUCAGCAGCCAGCAUCUUCGAUAAAAUGGGGAUGUAGAAGUGCCUCACUUGUGUGUUGUCCUUGCAUUGUUUCCCGAUAUAGGCUUUAAAGGGAGCAAUCUAUCAAUUUGUUUCUAUAAUCAUUCGACUCAGCCGAACUCAUUUGCUGCUGUGUCUGCAUGUGAAACACUGUUGCUUUGUAGUGAUUUCACUCAGACUCCUCUGUUAGAAUAAUGCUACUACGUCUGACCUUGCAAGUGACUCAAAGCCGUAUUCAAGCAGAAAACCAACCACUGUUACCUUGCCUGCACGUUGAAGUACUGUCGAGUGUGUUAAAAAGCUUGAUUUAUAUUUUGCUCAAGUGUUUGGGCCUCGUCGUACAAUCUAAAGGCAUUUGGCUGUCUGUUGUAAACGCACAAAGCACAUGGAGAAAGAGAUGCUGUGAGGUGACCUCUUUCGAUCUCUUUCUGUGUUUUUCUCUCUCUUCAGAUGGAGAUUCCAGCCUCCAGUCUUAUAAACCGCUACAUAGCGUGCCAAGGCCCGCUGCCCAACACCUGCCCUGACUUCUGGCAAAUGACAUGGGAGCAGGGCUCAUCCAUGGUGGUCAUGCUGACUACGCAGGUCGAGAGAGGGCGGGUAGGUCGAGGAAUCCAGCACCGAGCAAGACUGAUUACCAUAUAUGGAGUGUAGCCUGUCAGGAAAUAGAACUCUAUCAUAAAAUGAUCCUUUUAAAACGAGGCUUUGAACUUCGCCUUCCUGAUAAAACCAACCUUUAUUAGAAACGCCAAGUCUCGACUCUGAGUUAGUCUGUUAGAUGCCAUAAACACAUUUCAGAAGCACACAGGAGGUUCUUUCUUUAUCAUUUUUAAUCCCUAUUAAAUUUAUUGUAAUGCUUUCUUUUACAGUACACUUAUUACCAGGUAAUUAACAGGUAAUUACCUAGUAACAACAUGAAAUUAUCUGGUAAUUACAUGAUAACUAAUAAGUCAAUACUGUCCAGCUACCAGGUAGGUAACCUUCCAUCAUCAUACAAAUUUGAAGCUGAAUUGCUCUGGUAUUUCCAGGUUUUUAUCCGCUUCCUGGAACCACCACUUGCACAGUAGCAUUGUACGCAUUCUGCGGGUGAGUCGCUGUGAUAAUGCUCGGCUCAAACAGUGUAUCGCUACGCAAUCUUCGCACGCCCAUAGGCUGUAUCAAGUGUCAAUCAUAGAAAAUAAGAACCCCAAAUAGCUUUUGAAAAUGGAGCUGCACAGAAAAAAAGAAAAACUAGACAGUAUUGACUUAGUAGUUAUCAUGUAAUUACCAGAUAAUUUCAUGUUGUUACUGUUAAUUACCUGGUAAUAAGUGUACCGUAAAAGAAAGCAUUACCAAUUUAUUGAAUAUUAUCUUCUCUUUUGUACAUUUGAGCUUGAUUUAUAAAGUACAUAAAACAUUGUGUUGCUGCGAAAAGGAUCCUACUAAGAACGCUUAAUCAUCAAACUAGGUGUGAAUAAAAAAAAAAAGAUAUUCUGAGAAUCCUCACAGGAGGUUUGACAUGACUCCAGAUGGACUGCAUGUACUGCAUAUGCUGUUUCUUUAUACAUAAAAAUGUAGUACCGGAGAACAGAUGGCUAACUCAAGGAGAGAGAGAUGCUGCUCUGUACCGCAGCCUGACCUCUAACCCCUGAGCAGAGAAAAAAAAACAGUCAGGACCGGAGAGGUAAAAAAAUGAUGAUUUGUAAGAGGAGUGUGUUUGUUUACAGGUGAAGUGUCACCAGUACUGGCCCAAUCCAGACAGCAGCGCCGCCUAUGGAGACUUUACAGUAACGUGCCACAAUGAAGAGGGCAACUCUGCCUUCCUGGUCCGGGAGAUGACUCUUGUGCACACACAGGUAAGCGCACAAACACUCUGUAAAUGAUAGGUAAUAAUGCUAUGAACAGAGGGUGGAGGUAAGGGUGUGAGAGGGUGUCGGAGCUGCGCACAGAAGCAGGUUAGAGAGGAGGAAGACGGCAGCACAGAGGGAGAGAAAGAGGCGCUGGGUCCAAUCAUAGAGAGGGACUGGUGUCUCAGGAAAGGAUGAGCCGCUGAGGACCCUGAGGAGGUGUGUUGCCAUAGUGACCGGUGUGGGCUGUUCUUUUUCUGGCUCCCGCUGCUGCAUGCAGGCCACGUAUUGGGAUCCGGUUACCAUGACAACCCAACCACCCCUAGUCAGUCACAUUGCUUAAACAGAGAGCGAAUAAAAAAGAAAAACAAACAAACAGAAGAGAGAACAGAGAGUGGGACGACGAGAGUUAGCAAACACGAACGGAGAGUCGAAGUUUGUCUUUUGUUACCUUUUAGAUUUUUACAUUCUCACCUUCACUGAGUAACUUUUACACUCCUCUGUUUACCAAUGCAGCGUGGCUUUGCUGUAAUUCAUCAAACACUUUAUCGACCCGUGAAAACGAACUUGUAGUGUCGGACGUGACGCUGCUGCCGUUCACCCGUCACCUCCCGCCGCCUGUGCUUUCCCGAUCACCUCCCCGUGUGUUGCAUGCGUACCGUGACCUUUUGAAAUGUACGGCUGUAGGAGGAGGCAAUUAGCAUUCUCCUCUGCCUGUGAUUGUUGCCAUGGAGAUAGAUGUGUUACCAUGGCGAUGCAGUGAGGCAGCAUAAAAGAGGAACACACAGGGGCUCUGAGUCGCUCAUGAAACAGUGGUCUGUAGUUAUCUGCUGUAGGUUCUGUGUGUGUGUGUUUGUGUGUGUAAGUAGUCAUCAGUGUGUCCCUGUUGGGUUUAAAUCUGCUGACUCUUACUUUUUUUUAUCCUGUUUCUCUUUUUUUUUACUCUGCCUACCAACUGUGGCAUGCCAAGUGUGAUAUAAAGCAUAAAUGAUUUAAAAACAAAGAAAAUAUCGUCGUAAAAAUCUCUUUCAUGAACGUCUCGAAUCUCCAGGUGGACCAUCAGAGUGAAGGAAGCGGUCUGUGUUAUUCAUGCCACCUGUUUCAUAACAUUUAAGAUCAUAGUCACACAAACAGGGCGCUCGGCAGUCUCUGACCCUUUCAGAUCAGAAGCUCAAUGAAACACGGGAUGAGGACGCCCACAUGAAAUACGAUAACCUAUUUUGAGAAUGAGCGAUAUCAGAGGAUGUUAAGUGCUUGUUUGGGGGUUCUUAGUUCUUGACUGUGGUGAAAGUUCCAGGUUUCCAAGGGUCAUGAAAUAAAGAAAAAUACCUUAAAGGUGGUACUUUGGUUUUUAAUGUAAAGUUAAUCAUAUUCCGAUUUUCCUUUUCUGUGUGUUUUCAGAGUGAGCAGCAGAGAGAGCUUACACAGAUUCAGUACCUCGCGUGGCCAGACCAUGGCGUUCCUGAUGACUCCACUGAUUUCCUCGACUUUGUGGCUCUGGUACGGACCAAACGGGCCGGACAGGACCAGCCGAUGGUGGUACACUGCAGGUACAGAUGUUUGUCAGUGAAAUAACAGAAGUGCUUGUUUACACUCGACUUGUAUGUGUGUUAGUCGAUAAUCUUCAGAGGAUGACAUGGUUUCUCCAUCGCUUUCCCCCUCUCCAGUGCAGGGAUUGGUCGGACAGGGGUUCUGAUCACCAUGGAGACGGCGCUGUGUCUAAUGGAGUGCGGUCAGCCAGUGUAUCCUCUUGAUAUUGUCAGGACCAUGAGAGACCAGAGAGCCAUGAUGAUACAAACACCUGUACGUAAAUAUAUACAUAUGAGGCGACAGCACCAGCGUUUGUUAAACAACUAUGUCUCACAUUUUCUUUUCGCACAGAAAAACUUUAAUAUUAAAGGUUAGAAAUAUUCUGUCCCCAUUAUUUUUCAUACACUCAGUCUUAUUUCUUUCAGUAUGUAUUUGGGAAGAACCACGAAGACCUGUUGUUAGUAUUUUUGUGGACCAAUAUUUACAAACCUAAUUCAAAGAAAAUGGGAUGAUGUGUAAAAACGGAUCCCAACAGAUAAUAUUGAACGAAAACAGCAUUUUAAACUUUGAAUCUUAAGAUAUUGUCUUCUCAUAUGAAAACUAUCUGUGAUUUUGAGUCCAUGCGGUAACUUCCACUACAGAGCGAAGUCAGCUUUUAAUGCAGUGCUGCCUGAAGGCUUGAAGAUCAUGGCCAUCUAGUGUUUGUUUUAGCCUCGCCCCUGUAUACAAAGGUUUUUCAGAUUUUUUUUGAACCGUUAUGGAUAUAAAAUUAAUGGACAUCCUAAUUCUUUACAGCUCUGCUCUGAGGGAUAUAGCUUUACUCUGUUUUUAUCAGCGGUUUUACUUUACACGCUAAAUUCCCCCCCUUUGUCUGUCUUUACCAGAGCCAGUACCGCUUUGUGUGUGAGGCCAUCCUGAAAGUGUACGAGGAAGGCCUGGUCAAACCACUCAAGACCGCCAUCUACCAGCCGAGGGAGAAGGUGGAUGAGGAGAGAGGAGAGGAGAAGAAAGAGCAGCAGAAACCAGGAGGAGAGGACACAGCAGGGACAGAGGAAAGCGAAGCCGCUGUGGUGGAUUUGCUGGAGGGAGGUCUGGACGAAGAGGACGACGACGACGAAGAGGUGGAGGUGCUGGAUGUGGGAGAAGUGACAGAGGACGGGGAGGAGGAGGAGGAUGAAGAGGAGGAGGACGAGGAGGUGGAGGAGCCAAGUGUUGCAAGCGCCACCAGCGUGACCAGCGAGACCAGCGUGAACCCUGACCCUGACCCCGACCCUGCUAACCCGUGACGGGGUCACUAGAGGAGAGAACAAAAGCACUGUUGCACUUUAUGCUGAUAAAAAUGGAAAAAAAAGACACAAACGAACAAAAGUGAAAAUCACGGACAAGCUCGAAUUUAAAAAAAGAAAUCCAGCUGUGUUGAAUAGGUACCAUUAGGGGAUAUCGUAUGUUCAGGUUGAAGAAAAAAGUAUUCGGAGAAUGAAAAAGAUAAAAGUACGAGAGAAUAAAACGUGGAUGGGGAAUUGCUGUAGUGCCAUAAGUACGAAGGGGAAGGGCUGCCCUCCUUGAUGGAAAGGUUUUUUUUCCCGUUUUUAUUUCCCCCAAAGGGUCGCCCUUUCCCCUUCAGAGCGAGUCUGCCAGACGGACCUGCCUUUUUUUUUAGUCCUUUUAGCUGAUAAAGAGAUAUACCUUAUCUUUUGUUCCUCAGAAAGAGUAUUUAUUGUGUUUUAGUUUGUGUCAAACCCUGUCCACUGAACAAAAAAACUUGUAUGUUUGUUUGUAUGAAUCUAGAGCUUCAUGCUUUUCCUGAUUAAAUCUUAGCUAGUAAAGUAGUGCGAUUCCUCUUCUUCUAACUACUUCUUUAUUUCUUUUGCUUUUUGUGGAGAAAAAAAAAACAGUGAUUUAAUUUAUUGUACUUGGUUUUAUCUUUCUCGGCUUUCUUGUCUAUGUUUCUGACAGCACAGACUGACAGACGGACAGCUGAAAGCACUUUGUGUCUCACCUCUUGUUCAAUGCUGUGGCGAGUUGUUAUUCUUUCUCCUGCGUUGUGCUGUGUUUUUGAGCUUACAGACACACGCUCUGAGGCGGCCGUCGUUUGGCGUGGUGAAGAACGUUACUGGUUUACAAAACUCGGGGCCUGUGUUUACUGGGCACCUCUCACAUCGGAUACAAACCUCUUAUUUGAAGACAUAAUGAUAGAAAUUGGGUUAAAUUGUCCUUGACGUUAACAGCACAUUGGGUCAAUCAAAGAAAAUAAAAACGGUGUCUUACUGAGAGGCUCCGGUAAACACACGGCCUCACUGACUUACAAUCUAAGCUAUUUCCAAGCCCUUUGUGGCAGAUAAAGCUAAGAAACAAAGCUGAGGUCAGUUCAUGUUUGUCGUCAAAUUCACAUGCAGACAAUUUGAUUUUAAAACCUGAAACAGUCAGCGGUCCCUGAACCGGGCAGAGACCACAAACUCCAACUGUAUUGGAUGUGAAGCUAUGACUGUUAGCUAAAAAAAACAGGUCAGAGUAAUUUGAAACAUGCUUUACAUGCUUUACAUGUAGGUAUUUUUAUGCAACAGGUCUUUGUUUGAGGUUUCUGCUUGAUGAAUUGACAGUGAACUGAUCUCAAACUGUGUGUGAAUGGGGAAAAACACGAGUUUAAAAGCUCCCUCCACUGACCUCCUCACUAUUUCUUCAUUUACUUCAAGAGGGUCAAGACAUUAGGAGUAAACCAAGAUGUCAGCAUACACAUUUGUAGUCGUGAUGAGACUUUUUUUUUUUUUGAGUUUGGAUGGGGGUUCAGAGGUCACUGGAGCAGCGGCUUUAAAACAACCUUUGCUGUUUAUUUUCUUUCCAGAUCUGUCUGAUCACCUGCCGGAGAACCGUAGACAGUUCACAGAGGCAGCUCAAACAGAACAUCCAACCAGUACUCUUCCUUUUUUUAAAUGACUUUUCCCAAUGGUACUUCAUUUUAACGGCACAUGUUUUCAAGGCUAAAUGAUGUGUUAAUGAGUGAUAAGAGACUAAGUGACGAUUUGUAUUUUAAUUCACAAAACCCAGCAUCAAGUCGCUUGUCGAGUCAUUCUUUUUUUUUCAGAAGUUCAGACAAGUGAAGCUGCCAUUUAUUUUUUUUUUACAUAUCGGUAUGGAAUGAAGUGUAGCCUCUUCAUGAAUCGAGAUGUUUUCUUCGGUACCUGCUGUCAUUGGCUUCUUCCAUAGACUCUGCUGGAGAAACCUACUGCUGUGAGUGUGCGAGAGUGCGCGUGUGUGUGUGUGUGUGAGUGUUUAUAGAUUUCAGUCUUUAAUUUUCUCUCCCUCUCAAACUCUCUCUCCUCCAUUUCUAACACAUAGUUUGUUAGCUGUCUGGUCUAAGCCUGCUUGUCUGUUAACUGGAAUGAAGGGUUGUGUCUUACAGCCAUAAUCUAACGUGAUCUCGAGCUUUUUCUGCGAGACAGAGCCCUCAUGGUGAGUUUUAGAAGUCUGUCCUGACUACCAGGCUCGAUCUUUGCCUGUAAAACAUUCAAACUGUGCUCAUACCUCCAUAUCAAAUAGCUGAGUCAUACUUUUGCCACAUGGAGAGGUGGGAUCAAAGAAAGCCCUGAAACAGCUUCCCUCUUUUCUCCUAUAUUGCAGCCCUCUCCCAAAAAUCGGCCUAAAUCCUUCUCUCAGGCAACAUCAGUCAUUUCAGCAGAACCCACGCAACAUCCACAGCCCAUUCUCCUCAUUGUUCCUCCCCAGAUGCCUCUCCUUUUUUGGAUCAUAUACAUGGAUCCCACUCUCUCUGCAUGGCCUCAAGGCAAAUGACACAUCUGAGCAGGAAACUUUGGGGGUACGGCAGCACAGUAUCACGCUUGUUUUACACACAAGGACACUCUGAGAACGACUGAAAUUAAUCCAAAUUCAGAAAAAAUGGCAAAUCUGAGCAUCAGAAGAACAAAAUAAAAAGCCCUCGUGGCCUCUUCUCAUCACUCUUUGUCCUCAGCAGAGGGUCCCAUCCAAAUCAGAUUUACAUCCAGAGAAAUUAAUUACCGUCAAAGGCCUCCUGGCAAAGUGGCAUCAGUAACAAGUUCUCAAAACCUCGACAGUUUCCAACGACAAAAUAAAACAUCAGCCCUGUAGUGAAAAAGUUAAUAAUUGAUACAUCAGGGCUGCCAGGGUUUCCAUCUGCGCAACAUGUCCGGCAGUGAGCUGUCUGUGUUCAAAGUGUUUUGUUGUUGACACAUAAUCGGUACUGUCUGUGCGUUUAGGGUACUGAUCAAAGGUGGUUUGGAGGGGAGGGCUCGGGGUUAGUUGUAUUUUUGUAAAGAUGAAAACAGCUCUAGGCGGGUAGGGAAAGGACAGCACUUUGUAGAAGGCUGAGUGGCAGGUAGUGCUACUGAAAAAAAAAAGAGGAGAGUCGGAGACAUUAAGCAUUGUUAAAAUCCUUUUUUUUUUUAAUUUGAUUUGUCAUUUUUAUUUUGUUUAAAAGUACGACCUGUAGGGAACAAGAAAAAAGACAAGAACUCCUAACUACACAGUGCCACUUGUUAAUUUUGUGUAAAUAAUACUAGACCAUGUAAAUACAAUGUUGUAUAUGAAAAAAAAUCUUUAAAAUAAAAGGGAAAAUCAUUUGUGAGCAGAAAGAUUUUGUUUUUAUUUUUGAUUUUUUUUUUGUUUUGUUCUCCUUUGGAUGAUUCAAAUGUGACACAAAUGGUGUGUAUUUCAAGACUGCUAUUUCAGAAGUUCUGUUUUAUUUGAAACUGGUCUAUAACAGCGAGUGUAUAUAUAAUGAAACACAAAAUAAUGAGAAAUGUUUUACCGUAUUAUACCCUUGGUUAACUUCUACCUGUGUCAUAAAAACCUUUGUCCUCAGUUGCUUGUUUCUUUCUGGUAUCUUGGUUUUACAGUGCUUUGGACAUGUCUAUAAGCUUGAUUGUGAACAAUUAAAGCUUGUCUGUCAAAGCAUGGAGACGUGGCUUCAGAUCACCUUGCUUUUCCACACUGUAAAAGUGAGGUUGGGCAAUUGAAGAGUGAAGAAAUGUAAAACAACAUGACAGAGUUAAGAAACUAAGACCAAACUGUUAAAUCUCUAUUGUAAUACAGUCCCAUUUACAGUUAGUCAUCUAUGAAAGAGUUAAAUGACGUUUUUGAUUUUAUGAAUAGUAUAGAAGUAAAUUUUUGGGACAAUACAUGGCUGAAAACUGAUUAGAUUUACUGUAACAUCAGAUUAUUUCCUUUUGUGCACCAGAGGCUUAUAUUAGACUCCUUGUUACUACUUUUAAAUGCCCUAAACCCUUAAAAAAUACAAAUUACACCCACUUUAAUUUCUGUGAUUAUGCGGCCAAGUGCACAGAAUUAUUUUCAGUGUACACAAACAAAAAUAUGCCUUUCUCAUUUACAUACAGGAUCAGUCUAGGUAUGUAUUGCUGGAAAGAAUUGCAUGUUUGUUUACAGCAGCAUUAAUCUCAUUACUCAGAGCCUCUAUGCACACAAUGCUACCAGAACCCAAUGAGCAGAUUUUCAAGCAACAAGGUCUGUCUCUGCUGGAUCACAUUUAUUUAUCAAGAGUCUUAAAUUGACCAGAGGGGGGCACUGCCGUCAAAUGGUGUUAGACGUCAACCGUAGGUCUUGUUAAUAUACAGAAAAAGGGACUGAGGGGUCCAUUCAUCCCACACAAUGAGUUUUAAAUGACAUGUAAUAUCUCAUUAUGUAAUAUACACUGGAGAUUAAAAUUAGAGAACUAAUGAACACUUGACUUAUUCCAAAAUAUAAUCAUUGCUCAACAUUUGAAGGAUUGUUUGUCGUGUGCUACUAGAAUAAUAUUUUACAACAAAACAAGGAAUUGUAACAAAAAGGAACUUCAUUUUGCAGAAAACACAGUGAUUAAAAUUAAAGAACAGUCUCUUCAGUGACUAUAGUGGAUUUCUUGGCUACAACUUUGUUGCCAAGGAUUUUCCAGAGGUUUUCUAUUGGGUUUAGAUCAGGACUCUGGGCUGGCCAUUUCAUCGUUUUGAUGUUUUUAGUUUCAAGGAACUGCUUUAUUGGUUUUGCUGUGUGAUAGGGGGCAUCGUCCCGCAUAAAAAUGGCUGGGUGAUUGGGUGAUGAACACAGGGAUGGAAUCAUAUGUUGUUGAAGAAGGUUCUAAUAAAUGUAGCUGUAUAAGAGGCCCAAGAGGUCAUCCCUUUGGCCUUCGUCUGGACCACCGGAGCGUUUCAGUAACAAACUGGAAGUUAGGCUGCCAGUUUAAUAGGGUUGGUCAGAUAAUUUGAGAAAUAAGCACCAGGUGCCAGACUAACACUCAUAACUGGGAGGUAUCUUAAAGUGUUCUCUAAUUUUGAUCAGUGCUUUUUUUUUUUUUAAAUAUCUCAAUUAAGCUUUUUAUACCGCGCUUCAUAAUAUAUGUAACUCAUACAUCAUGCUGAAAAUUCUGCUUUUUUACUUAAGUUUGGAUCAUUUUAUAACAAAACAAUGCAGUAAACUUGACAUUUAGGAAAUCGUGGGUUGUUCUCUAAUUUUGAUAUCCGAUGUAGAUCACUUAAUUUACUGUACCCAAACGCUACACAUGCUAGUGGCCUUUUUUCUGUUGUAAGAUAUUAAUUCGAAAUAAAAUUAGAAAAAAAUAUGAACUUUCAUGAUAUUUAAAAUGUUGUGUGGGUUGUUAAAAAGAUAAAGACAGAAAAUACUUUAAAAAAAAAUUCAAGUACAGUUGAAACCAGAAGUUUACAUACACUAUAUAAAAAGACUCGAGAAAAUAAAAAUAAAAAAUUCUAAAAAAAACUCUCUCUCAUUACUCUGGCAUUUAGCAAAUAAAAAUAAUUUUGGUAAUCCUAAUUGACCUAAAACAGGAAAAUUUGAAUCUAAUUUAAUGUUAGAUGGUAGGGGAAAAAAGGUUAUGUGCCUUUUUAUAAAGUGUAUGUAAACUUUUGACUCUCAAGAAAGUAAAUAAAAAAUGUCUAAAAAAUUCUCUCUCUCAUUAUUUUGGCAUUUAGCAAAUAAAAAUAAUUUUGGUCAUCCUAAUUGACGAAUAGCAGGAAAAGUUUAAUCUGAUUUAAUGUUAGAUGGUAGGGGAAAAAAAGAUUAUGUGCCUUUUUAAAAAGUGUACGUAAACUUCUGGUUUCAACUGUAUAUCGCCGACAUUUUAGAGAGGCGUGUCUCUUUAAAUAUGCUAAUCAGGUUUUUGUUAGGGAUUUAUCCUGACGUCACAUCCGGAGUGGAGCUUUGCCUCCUAGUUUUUGUUGGGACCUGGGAGAAAAAUCACCCCGCAGAGGUGCCGAUAAGUGGAUAAACGGAGGAAAAAGAAACAAGCUCCGAACCAUGGAAGUGUACGACGUUGCAGCUUAGUCGUCUAAAAAUGCAAGCGGACGUGCUUUCACCGUGAAUUCAGACGAGGAGGUUUUCGUAAGUACCUUUUCUUCCAGAUCUUUUGCGGAUCCACAAGUGGCUUCGGAGCAAGUGUAUGUCGGACUCGGCUUUUCAGGGCUGAGUGGCGUUUGUUUUGCUGUAGCGGACAUGCUCGGAUGGUCGGAGUUGGAUCUUUUGGCAGCGUGUCUCGCUCACGUUUAGCCGUUGUAACAAAACAAGCGCACACCUGUUGCUCUGGCCAACGCCAGGUACCACAGGCCUUAACUGGAGGAAAAUAACAGGUCGUGGGUUAAAUUGUUCAUUUCCUUCAUGAAAUAAACUAUAUUUAUUAAUAUCUGGACUUUUGUGUGCCUGUUUUUGUGGACAAGGUCUUUCGUAGCGUUUGGUCGCAGCGGUUUUAUCAAAUAGAGACAUCACAUUAGCAAGCAUCUUCAUAGUCAACAAAUAUUCACAAAACUUUGGGAAUUUGGUCAACAUUGAUGAAGAAGUCUUGUUAACUCAUUUUUAACUGUCUUAUUUAGACUUAUUGGGUAAUUUUCUCCGGAUUAAUAAGCAUUUAUCAUCAAAAUUAGAUAUUUCUUUCGUACUUUUUCGCUUUUUCGAAUGACCGUUGUAAACCGUUGACCAACUGAAAACCAAGGAGGUUUUAAAACUUCAUUUCCCAACGUAAAUACUUAAUAAAUAAUUCGCCAAUUCCACAUAUAAUGACGUUUUUUGUCUUUUUUUAAUAAACCUAUGAGUCAAAUGUGUAAUUUAACCGUAUUAUGUGUCACCUUUAAACGUCAACUGUCAACGUUAUUCACUUUCCAAGAGGCAAUUAUUUGAAAUCACCUGUUAUUAAAUGGAUAAAAGCUGUUAGCCACCUCCAAAUAAUAUAAAGGUUUUACUUCUACAUCAUUGGAAAUGAGGGCCAAUACAUAGUGAAUUUUCAUCAUUAUAUAGUGCAGUAAAGUGCCUCUUUAUGUACUAUUCUUUCAGUUGUUAUAUAUCAUUGUAUUCAUGGUGUACAACACUGUAACUGACUCUACCAAAACAAACCUGUCUGCAUCCUUUAAGACAGGGACAUGUUCAUGUUUAUGCAGUCUUGGUGUUCAAUCAAUCAAUAAUCAAUCAGUCUUUAUUUGUAUAGCAUUUUUUAUACAGAAAAGACGUGCUUUACAUAGCAGAGAAAUAAAAGAAACAAAGAAAACCCUAAUCUACCUCAACCCAACGUGUAUUAAAAUGCAUUAACUUAAAAAGGGCUCGAUUCAUAUAAACAGGAAUGUGCGCACUGAGGAAACGCCGUUUUAAAACUCAAGGUAAGGAAGCACUAGAGGUUUAAAAUCUAAUAAGAAAGUAACAUAAAAUGAAACAAAAACAACAGUAAAAGAUACUAAAAUAAGAGCACCAAAAUAGCUUAAUAAAUGACGAUCCUGUCAUUAAAACUAAAAGAGAUAAAUGCUUAAAUACUUGAAGAAAGUUAAUAAAAUUUAGUUAAAAGCAAGACUAAAAAGGCAUGUUUUCAGUUUGCUUUUAAAAUCACUAAGAUUAGUUCCAGUCCUCAGGCCUUCAGGUAAGCUGUUCCAUAGAUGGAGGUCGUAAUAAUAAAAAGAUGCUUCACCGUUUGUCUUGGUUUUAACUUUAGGUAAUGUUAACGGAAAACUUCCUGAAGACCUGAAGGCUCUACCUGGCUCAUAUGAUAAAAGCAGAUCAGAUAAAUAUGAUGGUCCAAAGCCAUUAAGAGCUUUAAAAACCAACAAAACAACCUCAAAAUCUAUUCUAAAGAGACAGAUAGCCAAUGCAGAGUUCAAUCGGUGGCCUGCGAUCAUUUCUCCCCUUUAUUUCAGAGUGGUGAAAAACCAACAAAGCCUAAAAUUCACCUAUUAUAUCUGUUGAUAUCUCCCUUUCUGUCUUCCAGGUUUGGUAGUGUAACCUUCCCCCUCCCUCACCAUGCUGAGCUUCCUGCGCAGGACGCUGGGGCGACGCUCUAUCCGGAAACAUGCGGAGAAGGCCCGGUUACGGGAGGCCCAGCGUGCUACAACACACAUCCCUGCAGCUGGGGAUGCAAAGUCUGUCAUCACUUGCCGAGUUUCCUUGCUGGACGGGACAGACGUCAGUGUUGAUUUGCCGGUAAGAAACAUUCCGAGAGUUUGAAGCUUAGGGCGGACACAGAAUUGAUAUUAGCCGUUUAAAAGUUCUCUUUAGCCGCUGUAUGAGAGGAUUGAGUACACGGUUUGGCUGUUACUGUCAGGGAUAAGUGACCAUUAACGUGCCUGUGUCAGUAGAGCAGUUCUUCUAAGCUCAUAGUGAGUGUGGAUUUAUGUGCGUAUGUGUUGUAGUUUUGCUGAUCACCUGUAAAUCCAUGAUCCUCUCUGGAGAACACACUAAUCAUGUGACAGCAUCACAUGACAGGUUUGGCUGGUCACCAAGUGGACACACAGCGGGAUGUCACUCUCUCUGCUCCUCCCUCCCUCUCUCUUCAGCCCUUCUCUUCCAGUCUCUUCACUGUUGUUGUUUUCGCUUAUUUGGUAAAUAUCCUCUCUCCUGGAGGAAUGUAAUCAAGUCCUUGUGCAGCUAUAUGGUAACCAUUAUUCAAAGCUUUGGGGCAUAAAUAUCUGGAUGUGACCACAUGUGACCUGUCUGUUGCAUGGCGCACAUAUUUUUCAUCUUUUUGUUUCCACUUACAUUCCAUGUGUCAAGACUGCUGCAUUCCUGUGAGGCCAGUCUGGCAUCUUACUGUCCCGUCUGACCCCAUUCUAUCUUGAAAUGCAGCCAUCCUGCAUAGAUACCCAGGUGUGCUGAAGACAAUCAGUGUUCUUAUUGUAACUAUAUUUGUUUUUUCCACAUUUUAAAACCAUUUUUAAACAGAAAGAAACACGAGUUUUUAUACCUUCUUUUAUGUUUUCCUCAGAAAUCAAAGGAAAUAGUUGGCUACCUGUGACUGGUUACAUAAGUGUGGCCAAACAGUGAUACUGAGACUUAGUCAAUGAUAAUUAGCCCGCUUUCUGGCAUUCCUCACCAGCUUAUUGAGCAAGAAUGCAGCGGUGUAUUUAAUUCAGCAUGUCUCCUGAGUGAUGUAACAGACUUCUGAGUUUCGGACCUGGCUGUUCAUUAACAUGUAAUCCUCUAGAUCAAAUCAGUAUUGUGUUCUGAGAAAGAUUCAACUCAUAUCAUUUCUCAGUCUUUCUUCUCCAGGAAUUAUAUCUGCUUGGACUGUACCUCUUUUUCUCUGUUCAGCUCCCCCUCUGUUGCUGUAAUUCACCUUCUUUUGAACAGAAAUCAUUGCCAGAAGUAAAAUGUUAUCGCUGGUUCAGGUUUUAUGAGACAUCAUCUUCCCUGAGUCAGUUAAUUUGUCUUCAAAUUAAGAUACUUUCUCAAAAUGUUGAUCUCUGUUUACAGCAGGAACUCUGAAAACUUAGUGGGGUUUCGGAGUGCUUUUUAGUUGGAUCUUGUUGUGCUUCCCCUCCCCCAGGUGUAUGUAUCCUCUUCAAACCUUUCAGUCUUAUCAGCUGUCUCUAAGAGAUAGAGCAACAGUAUCAAAAUACUGCUUUAGGGCGUUUCUCCGUUUCAAUAAUUGGUCUUUCCUGGAUAGAAGAGAGGCAUUGAAGGGAGGUGAACCUUUCUGUUAAAUAUCGCAAAUAAAUUACUUGACAGUAUCAGCAAGGCCGAUACAUGCACAAUUCAGCCUCCUUUGUACCGAGCAGUUUUAGACUUAAUUGAGUACGAUGGUGUGCUGUCUUUGCCAAGGAUCUGUGUAUGUUGGAAUGGAUUGACAUGCUCACUGUCAUCUCAAAGAUAAUUUGAAAAAGGCAGAAAUAUUACAACUAAUUACAGCAUUAUUGAAAACACAGCUUGAUUUAUAGCUUCGGUAAAACUCAGUUCAUUUAAACACAUAAUUCUUUCAACACAAUAAAAGUCUUGGCAUAUUUUAUUGUUGGGGUGCUUUUAUUUUGAAGUAACGGUGCUCGAAAUGCACCAACUGGGAGAUUAAUUAUAAGAAAGUGUUUGUUGUUGUGUACUUCUGAUGGUAAUAAGUGACUAAAUAGAGGAUCAUACUUAUCAGGAGCUUCUUGUCCUCUGUUCCUUCACUGACAGAAAAGAUGAGCAAGGGAACGUUUCAGUGUAGUUACUAAGUGUUCGAUAAAGCCACACAUUCACAUACACACUGUACUUUUAUCAGCCUUUUCAGUUUGUGCGCAGUAUGAUGAUGAGUAAUGUAAAGUGUCUUGUCAGAUAAAGGAUGACUGUCUGAGGGCCUCAUAGUUGUUUUUGUGUUGUUGAACCAGUCUGACAGAGCAGUUCCCAAAUACUCGAAUAGCAGGGUAAUAAGAGGAACUGCGCUCUGCUGAGGGAACAUUAUGAACAAGAGAGGGGAGGGAGAGAAGCUGGCCAGGGAAACACUGCAGCUUCUCACUAUCUGCACUUCAGCCAGACUUAUCUUUUAGGCAAACAGCCUCUGAGAAAAGUUCAACCAGGUAUUGCACCGUUUUCUCUGGCAGACUGUUUCUCUAACUCUGAGAAGUACCUUGGAGCAAACUCAGUUAAAAGAUUCAUGUAAAUGUAAAUUUGGUUUUCAUUUAAAAAGACUCUGCAAUGUUGUGAAUGUUUCGGAUUUGGCAAAGCUUUCUCUGCACCACGAUGCAUCAUGCUCCAUCAAAGGUGCAGGGACUGCCAGGUGUCAGCAGCAGAGCAGUUGGUGAUUCAGCUCCAGCUCGCAUAAAUCGAGGUGAUCCCCUGCUGAAUGGUGCGGUUUGUCUCUUCUCCUUUUGGAUGUCGAGGUGGCUGUAAAUAAACAGCCAUGAUCUAAAACUGAAUGGGGUCAUUCUCAUGCUUGAAUGGUUUUUCCAGCUGUGUUUGUUCUCUGUGAAUGCAAGGCCACCCAUAGUUGUCUCCCAGGGUACCUACAGUAUGUUUAACAGCAUCCACGUCCAUACAUAACUACACACUACCUCACCAUUUACAUUCCUCACUCUGAAUUUAUUUACUCCCCUGUGUUUUUUCUCUCUUUUCUUCCCACUCACUCCGAUUCACAUCCAUGUUAUUCAGUUUACAUGAAAUAGGUCGUGCCGUUCAAGUUAGUUUAUCUUAUCAUUUGCAAGUUUAAAGUUCGAUGCAAAAUAAAAGCCUGAAGAAAAGACAGAAAUGUUAUUACUGUAUACAUCUAGGAGUCACUAAAUAAUGCAAAAGGUCCAAACAUUCACAGCUUUGUAUUCAAUAUGUUUUGAGAAAGCUAGAGAUUUGUAAACUUUUACAGACUGCAGCUAAGUGAGCGUUGAUCUGAUCUUUAAAGAUUCUGAGACACUGUUUUUAUCAACAGCUGGUAGUUUUCAUAGUAUGGGGCAGAGUGGUCGAUUAAACUAAUCCAUUGCUCUGGUAUGGGGGUAACUCCGGUUCAUAGGAGUGUCCACUUAUGUACACAGGAAGCGACCGGUCACUGGCGCUGUCAUAAUAUCUUAUGUUUUGGUCGUAUUAUCAUCUCUUUUGACGCUGCAGACCCAAGCAGUUGAUCAGUGCUCUGCAGGGGGAAGACACUGUGUCCAUCUGAACUUAGCUCAAAAACAUAUAGGAUUAAAAAUUCCUCAUUGGAUGGUGCACCAACGAUGGGAUGAGUGCUUGGGUUGGAGUGUCUCAAAAGUAGCUUAAUCGCUCAACAGACUUGUUCCCAUCUGCAGAAAACUGUAGCCUAGCUUGUGCCUACUCCCCCAGCAGUUGCUCUGAAGAGGAGUAGAGCUGAUGUUACACUGACAUAUAACAUUGAUGAGUCUUCAUUAAAGGGAUAGUUCAGUUUUUAUGAAAAGAGGUUGCAGAUAUGAGUACAGUCAGGACAGGAGCACUUCACUGUUCAGGCUCUUGAUGGAUCAUGUCUGAAUUAAUUUCUCAGAAUCAUGGCAUAGCAGGAAGUAAAAAAAAGUGAUCAAUUUAGUAUCAAAUUUUCAUUAAUUUUUUGGUUGAUCCAAAAAUCAGAGCAAACUAAACCGGAAGAUUUAUGAUCUGUUGCAUCCCAAUAACAUUAUCAAAGACAAUAAAAGUAUAACUUUUUUUUCACAUUUUAAUAAAUAAACAUGGCUCUGCAUUUAUUAUUCACACAGUAUUAUUUUAAGUAUAAUAUAUUUGUAAUAAAUUUUAAUUCUAACACCACCAAAAUGACUCAAUUAACUUCAUAAGAGCUCUAAAUUAAGACUUUAAAAAGAUUGUUUUUUGGUUUAAUGGAUUUACCGUAAAGUGAAGCAUCAGUAAAAUACCUCAAUUGUGACUUAAGAGACAGAGAUGUAUGCUGACAGGCAGAAAGACUGCAAACAGCCAAACAAUACUGCAGGCAGUAAAACAAGGCCCUGGGUGCUGCACACACACACACACACACACACACACACACACACACACACACACACACACACACACAAUGAGUCCUUUGUACUCCCUCUCUCUCUCUCUCUCUCUCUCUCCCUGGGUACUGUAGGGGUGCGGUAUGUCUUGUCAACUAUGCCGGUUAGCAUGGGGCCAGCCCCCCCUGAGCUGCCCAGGAGCUCUCUUGUGGUGUGUGUGAGGGAGAGUGUAAGAUGCAAGGAAACCUCGACAUCGCCUGUGCCCUGUGUUUUUCACUCACUGUGAUUUCUUCUUUCCUUAUUCGUCUGAAACUUUGUACAAAGUUUGUAAAAUGUAGAUUAAAAGCAGAAACAAAAACGAGCAGGUGGAACUACCCCUUUAAAUGAAGAAACUGUGCAGAACUUGAUGUCAAAAACAAAACCACUGGAGAGCGUUUAAGGUCAGAUAAGUGUGGAUGAAGACAUGAUUGAUUAAAAACACAAAGGAGAGCAACUAAAGGAGCAAAAUCAGUGCAUCUGCAAACUGAUACUGGAUGGCGAUUUUCCCAACUUAGUGAAUGACCAGAAAGCCAGGUGGUCACAUGAUGGAUCCAGCCACACCACUUCUCUCAGCUUCUCAGCGUCUGGGGCUCUUUAGCCCCGGUUGCCAUAGAAACCCUGUCGCUGUGCCUCAUGGUAGGGUUUAGAAGUCGGAUGCCUGUGUUUGUGUGAGUGAGUGAGUGAGUGAGUGAGUGGGUGCUCAUGUGAGAGAGAGAGAGAGAUCUCCCAGUCCCAGGCGGAACACUGGUAGUAACUGGUACUGCCUUGUUAGAAAGGGCAACACCUAUUCAGACACCGAGUUCACUUUGAUGAGAUAUGAACGCUUUGGGACUCCAACAGAAAAGUUAGACAUACACUUAAGCGCUUUCUUACACCUAUGAGCGUUUAAACUAAUGAAUCCUGCAGCAGUUUUAUAGUUAUUUUAGAGCAACAACACCAGAUUCCUUCAAGGAUCAUGCAAAUAUGAAACGUCUGUAAAAUUCUAAGUAGCAUUUUCUUUUCUUAUACCAAUUUUAUUCUUUGGUAAACCCUGUUUUUGGACAUUAGAAGACCCCUGAGCAUUUAAAUCAUUCAGACUUCUCUCUGUAAAUUAAUCUUUUGUAUAAUUCUUUGGCGUUUUCUUCAUCACUUUUGUCGUGCUCUCUGUCGCACAGAUCACUAAGCCUUUUGUUUUGUCUUUGUGUUUACCCUGCCAGAAAAAAGCCAAAGGUGAAGAGCUGUUUGACCAGAUCAUGUACCAUCUGGACAUCGUGGAGAAAGACUACUUUGGGCUACGCUUCAUGGACUCGGCGCAAGUACCGGUAGGUUUAUGAUAACUGCGAAAGGUGCAAAGAGCUUGUUUUGAAUUCGUUGGUUUGGUGUGCUCCUUGCUAUUGGAUUAGCACAUCUUAUUACAAUAUUUGUUUCUGUCAAAAAGUUGAUCUUUUAAAGACAAUUUGGUGUGCAAAUUAUGCCAGCAGUUUGCCCCUGGUUGGCACCCAAACUGGUACCUCAUAAACUAAGGUACACGCCAAGCUUUUAUUAGUCUGUAAAUGUGUGGUGUUUAAUCCAACGUGAAUAAAAAUCAAUUUCCUCACUGUAUUGUCCUGAACGUUUGUUAGCAUUCACAAGGCCAUUUUGGAGAAGAAAAAUGAUAUUUUUAUUUGGCGUUGGCUAAUGAUGUCUUUAUUUGAGGCAACUCCACAGUUGGUGGCAAAUAAGUCAAACAAACAGAUAAAUACUGGCUAACAUCAACUCUGAUACCAUUAAAACUCUUAAACUUUCUGCUCUGGACUUAUCUGAGUUUUCUCCAUGUCUUCAUGUUUAUAUUGACGUGGUUUUGAGCAGUCUUCUCAGCCGCCGUUCACUGCCAGACUUUGGAUCUCAUUCCAAAUCACAGUUCGACCGUUUUGAAGGAGAAACUUGAGGCGGGCACUUUCCCAUCCAGUGAAUGGGCUAAAGGGAUUGGUUCUGGGACUCUUGUCCGCCCUGAGAGUCAGGCGGUGCGCUGAGACAAACUGUUUUAAGUCACUGGUCCGCCUGUGACCCUGUUCCUUCAACUUGAUGUUUCUUGAAGGCCGUGGAAGGAGAAGGGCUGGUGGUGGGAGGAAAGAGGUGACUGAUGGGAAGGGCGCGAAGGAGAGGGGGGAGGUAGAGAGUCUGAAGAGUGGGAGGGGGAGCUGAAGUAAAGAGAGAGAGGGAGAGAGAGAGAGAGAGGGCUGUAAUAAAGGAAUGUGGGGGAGAGGAGGCUCGUGAGUGCUGUGAGUUCCUCUGUUAUCUCUCUCUGUUUCUCUUUUACUCUCUCUUACUUACACAUGCACCGCCACCACCGCCUCUCCUUGACAUUUUUCAUGCCUCAUAGAGCCUGAACUUCCAAGAAGAAUAACAGCACAGAGCAGAACACUGACUCCACUGUUUGUGUGUCUCUUUUGUUGCACCUCCCACCAUUAAACUUUUUAUAACCUGAAGGUUCACUCAGAUUUUUAUCAUUAGGAGGUUUGACAAUACAAAUAAUCUGGUAACAGCUGUGGGCAAUGAGGCCACCCUUGAAGAACAUUUGUUAAGGCACUCUCUGUGUCUUUGUUUUUGACAUUUUUCUCAGAUUUGAUCUUUUCUGCUGUGAUAGUAGCUGUGUAUUUUAACUCGUCACCUUCUUGUCUUCUCAGCACUGGCUUGAUGUCACAAAAAGCAUCAAAAAGCAAGUGAAAAGUGAGUAUACAGGGACCCUAUCUAAGCACGCAUAAAUACUUUAUCCCUUACAAACAACUUCCUUUUUUUAAAAACAUUUGAAGUGCAUUUUCACUCAUAGUUUUGGUUAAUACUUUAUGAUUGUUGAGCUUGAAAUCUUCCUCUUUUGUAAUCCUGUUCCACCUGCAGUCGGUCCACCUUACUGCCUUCACAUGAGAGUUAAGUUUUACUCCUCAGAACCAAACAACCUCCAUGAGGAGCUCACCAGGUGAGGAAAACCACAAACUUUUCUACUUUGCUCAGUGCAAAACAACUUUUGGAGGCUAUAAACCUCAGAGCAAAUCUUGUGCAGUUUGAGUUUCAGAGUUAGGGAGCUGAUUUUAAGGGUAGAGUGUGUAAAAUAGGAAUAUUAAGUGAUAUUUAGAUGGUAAUACACCUGUGCUCCAACCCUUCUCAUCGCUGAAGUGACAGUGGUAUUUAAGGUCAAGACACUCCUGUGAUUCAUGGUUACUGUGGUCCCCGUCUGUCAAGUUUUUACCGUCAAAUACAUCUUGAAGUGCAAAAAAAAAACAUCCACUCUAUAUAAGAUGCUCGUUUGUCCAUUCUGUGUUUCUGUAAACACAUGGCCAUCUCCCUGGAUGGGGACCCACUCCUGUCAGGAUAUAAAAGUCUCAUUAUAAGUUAAUAAAAACAAGUUUAUUUUUAUAUUCAGGUGAUUAAAAACUACAUUAAACAUUCUUACAAAUAAAGUAUUCCAUUACUGAGUCCAUCCUGCUAAAUACAGCUAAAAAAUACACACUGUACCUUUAACUUUAUCUCACCCAAAUAAAAGUCUGCAUUUGCUCACAGGUCUGAUUUUUGUGUUCGCCACUAAAGUGUCAAUUUCACCCAAAUAUCAUCACGUCAUCUGAGCUUUAUGUUCUAUUUUCCUUUCAGAUACCUUUUCGUGUUGCAGUUAAAGCAAGACGUCCUCAGUGGCAAGUAAGUAGUAUUUUUUUAACUUCAUCUUUUGAAUUUAAUGCCAUUCACUUUAGCGAGAAAUAAGAUAAAGUAUUGUAUUUCUCUUUGUUACUGUGGCCAAGUCUUACAGUUUCGUCAUUUUCAGGCUAGAAUGUCCAUUUGAAACAGCAGUGGAGUUGGCUGCCUUUGCUCUACAAGGUAAGCUCCCCAGCACAUCCUCUCCAAUUCUGACAAAUGCUAUAUAUGAGAGCUAUGGUGCUCCAAGUCUGUGCUCUCAGUAACACUCAUGCAUGUAACGUUCAGUUCCAGUAAAAACUGCUUAGAAAGGGUUGAGGUUUAACUUUUAGGAGCCUGCCUUUAAAUGUUUUGUUUUUACUCUGCUGUAGAUGCAAGUCAAAUUAAUAUCUGCAGUUGAAUCCGUCUGAUUCUAACCAGAUUGAGGCAUGUGCUCACAAGUCUGGCGGCAGCUGCAGUGGAGGACCCUUGUGUUCGGGCACCUCCAAGUUUCCCUUGAUCUUUACACACUGGUCAUGGUUGUCUCUGUGAUUCACCAUCCAAGAGAGGCUAACAUACACCCCAUCCAUGACCAUAGAGCUGAAAGAAAAAGGAGCUAUAGCUUUAAGUGACCAUACAAAGAACGAGAUUUCAGACACUUGUGGCUGGCAUGACUGAGGAGGAGCCAACUGAGGUGUGGGGAUGAUCCUAUAGCUACAUACAGUACAGUUAAUGGAGCAGAAAUAGUUUGAGCUUUCUCUUACUACCUAGCUUUGAAUAAGCCCACUCUGCACUUAUCUACUCUUUGUCAUCGUUUCAGUCGCAGCGUUUACGUGAAAGAGCGAUCUAAAAGCCGCUGCUGCAGAAAGACAUAAACGGAGCCAUUAGAGAUGUUUAUGGAAUGGGAUUGCAUGCACAAGCUCUUUGAAACACACGCACACACACAGGCACACACAAACAUAGUCACUGUGGGGUAAAUGCCAGCUCAUUAGUGCUCCAUCCUCUUCGGAGGCCCCCUAAUCCAGCACCCUCUCUGUCUUCUGUCUUUCCUCUGGUCGGCCUUUCUGUCCUGGGUUUCCUUUUUUUUUAAGUUGUGUUGAUCUACUGACAUUUACUGGGUUAAGGAAAGGAUAAGCUUAUCUUUUCUCUCCUUUUUAUCCUGAGGCCUUUCUCACAGCUGGACUCACUAAACAGAGGAGUCCUAGUUUCUUCUGUCAACCCAAACACUGCAAUAUCAAAUCAGACUGGGCUUUUGGUCUGUGUCCUAUUUUGCUCAUCAACACUAACACAUACUGGGUGUCUUUCCGUUCAUACUCUCAAAACACUAUUCUCAUUAUCAAGUGCCCACAGUUAAAAUAUAGGAUCAUCUGUCUGGAAAGAGAUUAGAUAUGCAUCAUUCCAUGUCUUAAUGCUGUAUGUUUUAAAUGAUAUCUCAUGGAAGGUGUGUUCAUUUGUUUAUUUUGUUCAUGGGGGUUAUUCACAGCCACAACAAGAGUCCAGCCAUGCUGUCUACUCAACCAACCCUUGACGUGGACUUUAUCACUCUUACCAUGUGUGUUUGUUUGUUUUCAGCUGAGCUCGGCGAUUGUGACCCGCUGGAUCAUAACCUGGACCUGGUGUCAGAAUUUCGCUUCAUACCCAACCAGACAGAGGAUGUAGAGCUUGCAAUAUACAAUGCAUGGAAGGAGUGCAGGUAAUCAUGCCACUGAUUUAUUUAUAUGUAGAGAACUGUUUUUAAAGAGUUUCCUGACCAAGAAAGGCUGCAGCAUGAAGGUUCGAACAGACAAUAAUCCGACUUACAUACAAACAUAAAAAAGCUUUACAAGCAGUUUGAGACUGGGAGAGAGUCUGACGCUGAGCAGUACUAUUGCACAGGUCUAAUACUGACCCAUGAGGCUCUCUUCUGGUUACAAAGAAAGAGCUGGAUGUACAACCCUUUUCCUGCACAGACAGUUGUUAAACCAUCUGACUGCUUGUUAAGAGGGUCCUGUUUGCAGCGGUCUUUGUGGAGGUCGAGUAUGGCCCAUAGUAUCCAACGCCUCAGAAAGGUCAAUAAAAGAAGCUGCACAAUGCUGCACAUUUUCUAUAAAAUCACUAAAACCUCUAAACAUUUUAAGAGCUGAGUUAACGCUGUUUUACUGUGCUGCUUCCUAACGCCAGACUGGAAACCAGAUAAAAUGUAAUUAGUGUUUAAAAAUUUACCCAAUCGAUCACUUGAAAACUGUAACUUAAAACUUGAAAGUGAAACUCAGUAUCAGUGAGGUGCAGUGCAUUUAGUUGAUGGCAGCCAAUGGCAGAUAUCCCAUAAAAACAAAUGAAUGUCCUUCAUUCAGUGGUCAUUAUGCUUUGGAGGCUGUUAUUGGCAACGCUGCAUGAAUACACCAUAUUUUUUUUGUUUGUUUAGUUUUGUUUUAUCCUCUCAGCUCAGGGCAGCAUUUAUAGUUUAAACAGUCCAAACCAUUUUGACCCCCUCUCUGUAUUUUCUUUCAGAGGUCAGAUGCCAGCCCAAGCUGAAAUAAACUACCUGAAUAAAGCCAAGUGGCUUGAAAUGUAUGGUGUGGAUAUGCAUAUGGUCAAGGUAACUAAAACACACACUGUCCCAGCAUGAACUCGGAUUAUAGGAGAAAGAUUUUAGGAAAGUGUUUUUAAAAACUCGUAAUGUAACAGAGUUUUCUUUCUUUCUUUAUCUUUCUUUCUUUCUUUCUUUCUUUCUUUCUUUCUUUCUUUCUUUCUUUCUUUCUUUCUUUCUCCAUUUUGUCCACAGGCAAGAGAUGGUAAUGAGUACAGUCUAGGUUUGACACCAACUGGGGUUCUGGUGUUUGAAGGUCAAACCAAGAUCGGACUCUUCUUCUGGUACGUUUGAUUAUUUCAAAAUAACAGAAAUAUUUACAGCAGUGCAUUUUGAAAAAAAAAACAACAACAUUUGCAUCCUUUUUGUUUCUGUUUUUGCAGGCCGAAGAUCACUUGUCUGGAUUUCAAGAAGAGCAAACUGACACUCGUGGUGGUGGAGGAUGAUGAACAGGUGAACAGAGGCACACACAUGUCAAAAAUAAGUUUGAUUUAUUGUCUACACAAAAAUUCCCUCCUGUCUCAAAAAAGAGAAGAAUCACACAUAACCUUUUUUGUGGUACUUGUUUCCUUUUAUGUCAACUUUUCACGAAAGCAGUAAUCUUAUCGAGACAUCAGAGGUUGUUUUUGAGAGAGACCUGGUCAAACUCAGGUGGACAGAACAAGACAUCUUAUUUGAACCGCUUUAAAGGAGUGGAACAAAGUCGACAUAUUCCUCUAAAAACCUUUGUUUAAAGUGCUUGAGCCCAAGUAAGAGGCCGGUCGGUCCAAAUCAAAAUGAAACAAGACUUAGUAUUGUACUGCCCAGAGGCUAGAUUAUAUGAGAGAAAAGGAGAGUCUGUUUAUGUCCAUCCUGGAGGUCUGUGAGUGAGGUUAAUAAAGAAGCCUACCCCCUCUGGUAUUUCUGGUAUGCACUAUUCUCUUACUCACACACACACACACACACAAACACACACUCUCUCUCUCUCUCUCUUUGGCAGUUCUUGUCUGCCAUGUCCAAAGCAGCACUGUACAAUAGUCUAGUUGCCAAAGUACCAUUUAUACAUACUUCUAUAUAUUUAUUAAAUAAAUCGAUUUUGCGAUAGGGAGUAUAACCAUCAUAUCUUGUACUUAAAGAAGAACAGGUGGCUCUAAGAAUGUUGUGUUAAUCUCAAAGCUUAUGUGACUCUCUCUCUCUUUGAGUACAGUAGAACUAAAAAGAAAAAUUGUAGAAAAAAACAUCUCGAACAGAAGAUAAAGGAUAAAAAAAACUAAGUCAGAUGUUGUCUCUGCUGCGGCUCUAGUACAAGUUCUGUUUGUGGCUUUGGUGCUGGGCAAACUUCAUCCAUGUCUCCACGAGAAAUCAGAUUAAUGAGGCUGCGUUUGCACACUGUAGCACAGCUAUUCAUUCUUGACAUAUUUGCGCCUUUCAAGAAGCAUGAGCCAGCACAUAAGCUUUGUUUUACCGCAGGAAUGUUGGCCGGGACUGCGGGCGAAAUCUCAUAUAUUACACAUACACUAGUGAAGAUUAUAUGAGGCAUGGUCUGUGUCACCUAAAUCUAACCUAUACCGACACUCCCCAGGGCAAAGAACAAGAGCACACCUUUGUCUUCAGGAUGGAUCACCCUAAGGCCUGUAAGCACCUGUGGAAGUGUGCUGUGGAACAUCAUGCUUUCUUCAGGCUUAGAGGGCCGGUACAGAAGAACUCUGCGCGCUCUGGGUUCAUCCGCAUGGGAUCACGCUUCAGAUACAGGUAAUACAAACAAAAGGGUUAAUAAUUUGUGUUUGUGUGGGCCUGGAUUGGUCUGACCCCCGAGUGUUAAAUUUGGAUUUUUAACUCUUAUCAACAGAAAAAAAAUGGGAUCAAUGUAGAGAAAAAAUACACUGAUCAGCAAUAAUCAGCUGCUUCAUAUUGAGGUAUAACUGUUUCCCAGGUGACCGAAUGAAUUUACUCAAAGAUGGGGUAGGCAGGAUCUGAGGAAGUGUCAGUUUUUGGGAGAAAUCUUGAAUGUAAACUCUACCUCUCCCAACCAGUUUUCCCCUCAGCUCCUCCUCUCCUCUUCCUCUCUGCUCCAUCAAGCCCCGCCCACAAACAGACGCUCCUGCUCGCUCGUAUCGUUCCAUUUAUCUUCAGAUAUAAUGCAGAUAAAUACUUCAGAUAAUUACAAAUUUGGCCCAGUCAACGUGAAAGUAAAAAGCAUUGGUGCUACUGUCGAUGCCAACAGACUACCAGAAACACAAUGUUUGCAGGACUUCUACAACUAGGAUAAAGUGACAUAGUCCAGGACCCGAGGUCAACAGUUUAGUGGCGCUACAACACGCAGCAGGUCCCGUUUGACAAGAGACACUUCUGUUACACUUGGCUUACUUUGUUAAAGCGGUUUACCUGUCCAGCAGAAAGGUUACAGGGUCCAGAAGAUCCCAACGCGUCCCCCAUCAUUGUUGACCCGGCUUCUUAGCUCUUCUCCGGUCUACCUCCUUCUAAGCGCCCGUUAUUCCGCCAGAGUCUCUGGUAUUUACUUUGUUUUCUUGCUUGUGUCGGCAGUCGUAGCUAAAGGAGGAUUUUCCGUACUUUCUGGUUGGUUUCUACUGUCCGAUAUUGUAGCACGCUAACUUUGUUUGGGCUACUGAGUGACACGGGGGAGCAGCAGGGAAUGGCUUUGUUUACAGUCAGAAAGAGCGGAGCACUCAAAAAAUUUAAAAUGUUGAGAACACAGACAUAACAAAACACAGCGAUACAGUUAUAUCACCAAAUGUCAUCAAUAACUAACAGCUUUUGACUGAUAUUAAAAGCUUUUUUUGUUUAUACACCACAAAAAAAGAUGCUUCUUUAACAGAAUACUGCCUACCCCAUCUUUAAAGAGCAAAAAAUCUGACACCAUUAGAAAGAUCCCUGAGCACGUCAAAGGCAGUACAUCCAAACCACUUGUGACUCUCAGCUGGAAGAGCAAUGCGGAUGAGAUUGUUGUGGGGACAAGUGCAGCUGGUCUGGCUUUGAAGACAGGCCUGUGAGGGGGAGGGAGGGAGAGUGCUGAUGGCUUUACUGCCACACAUACUGUAUGGAGAGCCUGGUGUUUGUUUCUGCACUACGCCAUCAAACAUAUCAACAGAGAUAAUCCUAGCUUUGCACAUAGUAUCGUUCUCUGUUCACACAAAAGCCCCACAUGUGUACACACAGAUACUUGCAGCGGUACAAGACAGGCACUCAAUGUCCACAUACCACAGUAGCCAGCUAGUCCCCUUCUGUGUGUGUUUAAACAUUACCCAGUUGGAUAAGCAUUGAUGGUAGUGUUGGUCUAACACAGAGGUUACAGGGUUUGUUGUUAGUAGAAGGUUAUCGCUCCGAUGAGUCCAGAGUUCAGGAAGGGUCACCACCGUGCCUUUUUGUUUUUUUAAUAUCGACAAUGAAGUUUCAUUAAGAAGUGGUUUGGCUUGCGUCAUUCAGGGUUGCCGUAAUGUAACUGAUUUCUUUGUCGACAGUGGAAAGACAGAAUAUCAGACGACGAAGGCGAAUAAAGCAAGACGGUCAGCCUCCUUUGAGAGACGACCAAGUCGACGUUACUCCAGAAGAACCAUGCACAGCAGAGGUGAGGACAACUCUCGCAAAGUCACACACUUUCCCAAAAUACCAGGAUUAAUAUGUUUAAUACACCAUGUCACCACAUUCCCCUUGUGUUUAUUUAAUAAAAAGAUAACUUUGACACAUGACUGGAAACAGUGUGCAAGAUGUCAGUAUGUCUUGCAUAAUUUGACACAUUCUACUGAACCUAACCCUACAUUAUCUUCUCUUCUGUUUGUACAGGAGCAUUCAAUCCCCAUGAGUAAGUACACUGAUAUUCCACCAUAGUGAUCAUGCAUUUGUUGAUUUCUCAUAUCCAUCCUCCCCUUAAUGCUCGUCUUUAGUUUCAGAGUGGUCAUAUUCAGUCUUAUCUAAUUUCUGCAGGAACUGUUUUAUUUCACGUUCAUUGUCUUUCCUCAUUAGUGACAUCAAACCACGAAAAAUAAAGCUCUGCACUAAAACUGUUUUAUUAAAUACCAGAUGAAUUCGUCUGCACUCAUGAAGUACUGCUGCUGAAAGUGUUGUGACUCACUCACUCGGUCUCUUUAUUCAUUCAGUUACACCAUAAGCCCUGACUGUAAUCUUGUUACAGAGGUAGCCUUUUGUUAAAGGGAUAUGUGUGUGUGGGCUGAAGACUGAUGUCAGUGGUAGUUUUAAGCCAUCACGGGACCUGUUGACUCGGAGACUUUUCAUUACACUUGACUGGUUAGACCGUAACUGUGAAAGUGCAGCUCUCUUUGAAGCAGCAGCAUGUUUGCAUAAUGUGAAGCUCUGUCUGAAGUUUGGAAAAAUCGCAUGUGCAGAACGAGAAUCAGUCAUUUUGUCAGUCACUUAUUAGCGAUGUCUCCUGUAAAAAGCACCAAUUAAGUGUUCAGAUGAUAAGAGUGAAUUUCAGUUUGGAUUUUUGUUGCUCCGAUAAAAUCACUGUUUCUCUCUCUCUGCUCAGUGCUCUUUCCUCUGGCAAUGGAGUCAGCUCUGGCAAAGACAAGGUGAGAGGCCAGGAUGAACAUGACUUCGCAAAGAAAACACUUGAUUUGUUUGAAUUAAAGGAAUAGUAACUAUAAUUCUCAUCUUUUUUCUCCCUCUCAGGUGUCCUCUAAUAAAGGUGCUUGGUCAGCCGUGCCUGUGGUCAGCCCUGUAGCUGCUUCUGCAUGUGGACCAAUAGAAAUCGAGGCUCUACCAAGGAGUCCAGGCGGAGAAAAGAGGAGGUUGGUACCUGAACAUUUAUGUUUUUGAGCAUCUGUCUGUUUUUAUUUUGUUGUUGUCUCUAUAUUUGCCCCUGAAGUUGAAAAUUGAAGGUUUGUAUAUACAUACAGAUGACAGUCAAUUAUUUUUAGUGUCUUAAUGCUUCCUUAGGAUGAGCGAAACAGGACCAUGUCAGCAACCAUGUGAGGGCAGGCCAACUGAUCUUUGCUAAUAGAAAUGGGCGAAUAGCUAGGUGUGUUUUUCACAGUCUAAUGCCAUGAGAGUGGCUUAAGAGGGCUUAUCCACUCACUGCGUCUUGCUGUGACUGGGGAAGGUAGAGAGGAAAGAGCCGGAAGGUGGAUUUGGUGUAUUUUAGUUUUUCUCUUUUGGUGACUCAAAGUUCCUUCCAUGCUUGGCUUCGUUUUUGCCUACUUGUAAAUUCAGAAAGAAACAGGUUAUGCACUUAGAGUGUAACUUGUAGACAUGAGGGUCUCUCAGAAACACUUGAAAGAGGGAGAUACUCCUGUGCAUGCAUGCAUGAAUGUGUCUCAGUGAGAAGCUGUACAUACCAAAGAGUGCUGUAUGCUAGCUGACUGACAGGACAGACAAACCGAUGAUAGAUGAACAAAGUAGACCAGAUCAUGAAGUGCUGAUGGAGUUCACAUAGUCUAAUGAUUUUUCUGCCUUAAGUAUAACAUAAAGGUGUGACUUAUUUUUUUGAUAUCCCUCAUACAUUUCUGUUGUUUCAUGUGGUUUUAUGUCUUCUUGAGUAUGUCGUGGUGUGCUCUGCCUUCAUUAUGUCAACACUGCAGCUUUUAAAACGUGUGUUUAAAAAGAAAAACUUAUUUUUGGAGUUUCCUGUUUAGGAUAAAUCUGUUUUUGUUUUGUGUUUUUGGCUGUUGUGUGCAUGAGAGCGUGUUUGAAAGAACAAGCAGAUCAUUUGCACGCAAAUAUGUAAAGACCCACCUCUCACAAACCAAUGUCCCCCCUGUGUGUUCCAGUAUAAACAUGUACUGAGGUGAUAUUGGUCUUGUCUGGAGGCAGGCCAGGUAGGUACAAUCAAACACUAAACCUCGCCAUCUCUCCGGCUUAACAAAUCAGCUCCUACGCUGCGGCAAGCUUUUUGAUUUUGGCUUUUGAAACUGGUUUCCAUGCAGUGGUAUGGUGUGUAGUUGGUGUCUGUCCACUUUUUGAUCAGCAUGAAAAUUUAACCUAAUCGAUGCAGGAGGUGAGCAGAUCAUCGGGAUGCUCUGCAGGGAUCUUGUGUUUGGCAGCAAAAAUCUGUGGGUUUGAUUUCCAGCUUUGGCUCUGUCCUGUUUUAGACUAUAGCUGUCUCUGCUUUCAGUUAUCUAAUGACAUGCCGUGCACCUGGUGCAUCCUUUGCAUCACCUGCUCCUCUGUAAACCUUUUUUUAACCUCCAAGCUGUAAAAUGUUUCACAAAAUGUUAAUUGAGGAUGAGUAGAAGCUGUUUGCCUCUCAGCUUUCAGAUUUUGUUCGUUUUUUCCCUGUUGUUAAGUAAUUACUCAUUUGAUCAGACCUCUUCUGUCCUCAUCAGACUUCUCUGACUUCAGUGAGAAAAAAAGGCACAUUCAGAUUUACAGCUUAGGCUGAUCCUGUUUCUAGUAAAGAACAUUUCUGGUCAGUUGUUUUAAGAGGAUUGCUCGUCAAUCUGUAAAGCAGCAGCAUUUUUUCCCAUUUACUAACCAAAGAAAUGCUCAGGAUGCUCAGAUGUUAAUUUGGAUAGGACCCUGAUAUAUCCAGAGGGGUUGAUAUUAGGGCCCGACCGAUUUAUGGGAGAGACAAUUAAAUGGUCCAAUUUUAGCCCACUUGAGACUAAUUGGUAAUUGUCCAAAACUCGCCGAUUUGUGCCGAUAUUUUCAGAAAUAAUGCGGAGAAUAAGAUUCGGUUUCACUUCGAAAAUGUUCUGCCAUUGAAAAGUUCCCCAACUUAUCCAGUAGAUGGCAGUAGAUGACCUCAUGACAAUCUUCAUCCACUAACUACCUCACAGCACAGCAGAGUGACAGAUCUGAAACAGGCAGCUAAGGGACCUCAGAGGAGAGUUUUCCGCCUCAACGGUAAAUAAACCAGUUUGUGAAAUACACAAUAAGUCAACAAGUUUCAGUUCAACCCACUUCACCAUGUUCCCCGCUGUGCUGGUCUCGGUCACGCCGAGUUAACGGUGAAGAACCAUGUAAUAUGCAAGUUAAAGUUAGAGUUAGCCAUCCGCUAUUAGCCUUGCUACACUGUUAGCCGUGACAGUAACGGUAGAAUAAACAACAGUAGACAUUAGUGAUCGAGCUACUUCUCUUACUGAGGCAGCUGCAUGUCUCCAGAUGAGACCGGACCAGAAAUAAGUAACAUGAGUUAAGACGUGGAGGCACCAAUCGGCGUGUAUAUUAUGUAUUAUAUAUUUUUUAUAACUUAAUAAAAAAAUUUAAAAAAUCGGUUGAUUAAUCGGUAAUCCCCCCCCCCGUUAUAACAUCAUCGGCCCCAAAAAAUACAUUUUGGUCGGGCCCUAGUUGAUAUAGCGCACUGAUCAUGCCCUAUCCUCCCCUCUCAGACUUUGCUGCUCUAAAGGUUGAUGGUAAAUCCUCCAGGCUGCUUCAUGUUCAUCAGUUUCCUUUUCGCAGUGCCAUUUAAAACACAUGCUCGCUCUUUUCUGUCUCUAAAUAUUUUAACUCCAAAUUUGUGCCGUGUUUAAACCUGUCAAGCAACUUCAAGUUUAACAACCGACUCACUGUUUUAAAAAUGCACACGCAGCACAAGCCGCCAUUACCCACCAGUGGUCGAGUGUUGUCGAGAGCUCCACAGAGCUUAAUACAUUCUCUUAUCAUCUUAUUAAACGUUUCAGAAAAGCUUCACCAGCACUAACACCAGCACAGCAAGUUCUCUCGCAUUUAAUCAGCACAAGAUAUUUCACUUAGAUGAACUCUUGGUUAGAUUUGCGGGCAACAUUUUACAGCUGACUGAGCGGAUAUUAAGUGGGGGGCUGUAAAAGGGACAUUUCUGUGUUUUUAAUACGUCAGACUAAUCAGUGGUGCUCUUUUCAUUCUUUCCCAGUGUCUUUGUCUCAACUUUGCUUUUAACAGUGGAUAUGCACAGAGUAUCAUAACAGCUCGUGACAGCAUGAGUCUCAUAUGUCCUCUGUCUCUCUGCACUAAAGAUACAAUGUCAGCCUUUUGCACAGACAACCCUCACUCCAUAAUAGUAAGGGUGCUGUGUAAAAUAUUUGUUUGUAAGAUGAGUAUAUUUAAUCAGAAAUUACACAAAGACAACAAUUUAAAUCUUUAAAUUAAACAUUUUGGUAUUCAUGAAAAAUGUUGUUUAUGCUCAAACCAUGAGAUAUAGGAGCAUGUUCACCGUUGUGUUGCAUAGAUUAGUUUCUGGAGUUUUCAAAGUGAAAUGAUGUCCGACUCUCGUUUAGCAUCUAGACUCUUCUACCAUAAAGCCAUGAAACAUGAAUACAUAUGAGAACAAUAUAGUCUGGGAUUGUCUUGCUGUAUUAUGAAAGGUCUUCCCUGAAAAAAGGCAUUUCCUGGUUGUGAUAAAAAAAAUUUAAAAAGUCAUAAAUCAAUUUUUAAAAUGAUAACAAGCAAAUCGUCACAGUUCUCUUAGCCAGCGACAUGUUUUCAAUAUUUUCAAUGAUGAUGAUUUAGAAAUCAUGACAGUAAUAUUAGCCUCAUGCAGAUACAUUGUUGGUUACCAUAUUUUUCACAUUAUAAGGCGCACUUCAAAUCCUUUUGGCUUGUCGGAACACUGCAGCUACUGUAGCCUCACGGAGUUAAAUGAGUUAAAUAAAGUUUGACUUAUCUGACUGUUUUGUUUGGAUUAAUGCGCUUUAUAAUCCGGUGCGCCUUAUGUAUGAAAAUAGACAUGGAUAGGCGCGUUCAUUCAUGGUCCGCCUUAUAAUCAGGUGCGCCUUAUAGUGCGAAAAAUACGAUACUAAAAGUGCCAUUAAUUGCAUUGAUUAAUCAAUCUAACCCUAUAUGAAUAUGAAACUGUAUAUUCACUUGCCUUUUGAGUUGUAACCAUGAAAAGAAGCUUAGAGUUCAGGGGCCUCCAGCACUAAAUUUACAAGCACAGGUGAGAUGUCAGCCAUUAGAGAUGUAGUGUACAUUGAGUGUUUCUUACAUUAUAAUCACGACUACAAACGCCUCAUUAAUUUAUCCAUGUUUGUUGUAUCAGAAAAGAGAAAACGAACAUAUGCUGUCUUAUGACAAAAGCAUUGAAGCUUUAGCACCGCUGUAGAAAAUCCUCAAAGUGAACGCGGUUGUUCCUCAAAGCAUGUCCCGCUCAAACAUAGAAGCACAGGUGAUAAGGAAAGCAUGUAUGUUAAAGCUUGCAGUAAAUUAUGCUCUCAGGAAUUAAGCCCUUUAAAUCUCAUGUUAUCAGCUGCCUCUUGUUCUACUGCCUUCUCCUCCCUGUUUGCCCAGUUUUUCCUUAAAGCCCGUUAAACAAGCCGUUUCUCUUCCACUCAUUUGCAUACAAUCUCCCUCUCUCUGUCGCUUCCGUUCAGCGCUUCCCUUCCUCUCCCCAUCUAAUCUCCCUACAAUUUACAUACCUUCGCACUCACUCACUCCCCAUCUGUUCACAUCCCCCCCUCUGGUUUUUCCCUUCCCUUUUUUUUUUUUCUAUCACCUUGUUCUUCCCAGGUCUCCUCUUCCCUCCAUCCUCCCUGCUCAUGACUCAUCAAAGCUUCCCACAAAGGAGUUUGGCGGAUCCAAGCAACUGCAAACGCUCUCACCUUCUGUACUGAUAAAAAUUGGACAGCACAUUGGUAUAUGGGAACGGGUCAGCAAUGACUUGACCAUAAAAAAAAACAUCUGGUGUUUCUUUACAGUAUGUAAGGAUAUUUUUGCUGUAAACAGAAACAUUCUUCCACCUGAUCUUUUCUCUCCUGUAAUGUCACAUCCUGUCUCCUCUCCUUCUUGUCAUUCCUCUGUCCUUCACUCUUUCCCUCAUGCUGAAACUGACUGGUAAGGUGAGAUGGUUUCGAUAUGAGGCGAAGGAAUUCAGCUCUACCUUCACCUCCACAAGGAAACAAUAAGUCACUCAGUCCCCAGAGGGUGUACACAUAAACUCCCUCGGUUAAUCAUCUCAGAGAGAGUACCUUUGCUUUUCUGAUUUUUUGAAACACUGUAGUUUGAAUGAAGUUUAAACACCGUCAGAUGAUUUCUACUUAAGAAAAUGUGAUUUUCUUUGUUUUGUAUUUAAUCCGUUCUGCAUUAUUCAUGGGUCUGCCGCUCUGUUACAAAUGAAGAUUUAGCUCAAGAGAGCUUGUUAGCCUAGCUUAGCACAAAGGUGUAGAAAUAGAUAAAAAUGUUACAUUUGUUCUAUCAAAGUUACCAUCCAAAAAACUAUUUAUAUUUUAUAAAGUGAUUUUGUUCGCACAUUUUUACGUUCGUGUCAGACACCUUUUUAGAAAUCUUAAAGAAUGUGUUUUUGUUUCUAAGUGUGCAUGCUUGUUUGUUUAACUCACAUUAGCACGUCUGUCUUAGCCUUCAUAUUCGCCUUCUCAUCCAGUUCCUUACAGGAAGUCACACAAGCAUAAUUCUGGUAUGAUGAUCAAAACUUGUCCUUUCUUUUGUACACUACAAUAUUUUGCUUUAUGAUCACGUCUGCCAUGGUGUAGGCCCUGAGUAUUAAUGAAGUUACCCGGCUGUCAAAAGUUGAUGGUAGAUCUGACUGAUUCCUCUCUCAAACCUCAACUGCACCACUGAACAAUUGUUUCUUGCACAGCUCCACCAAUGAAGAUGAUUUUUUUUAAUAAUACUUAGUGAAAUGUUUACAGCAUCACUGACCAAAGGUUGUCUAUCUUCAUGAAUUGUAUGUUGAAAUUUAUUUAUUAGAAUAAAACAGGAGAACACCUGUGUAUGAAGCUUUGUAAUUUAAGAUUCUGCUGCCUUUUUUUUACAUUUUUAAUACACAGGACACUGUAAAAGAUCACCACUCUUUAUGGCUUUUACUCUGUCUGUAAAACUCACUGAUUUUUGUCCAUCUUUUGCUGUCAUUAAGGCUGUAUCUUCACGUCUAACAUGCAGUAAUAAAUACAAUUUUAAAUCCCUCACCAAAAAACUGCCACUAUGGACACGAUGUUGACAGCUACUUCAAUGCUUGGAUCCAGCUCUAGAUUUGGCCUGGGUGAUUUGGCAAAAAAAAUGAUCACGAUGUAUUUUGUCAGAUCGUCCGAUCUCAAUUAUUAUCACAAUUUUUUUAAAGCAUCUGUUCUAAAAACUAAAGAAACUAGAGAUUAGUUUAACAUUUUAUUAACAUACGAAGUAAAUAACAAAGCAAACUGAAUAAUGUACACUUAAAAAUAUAUAAAAACCAUUUUAACUCAACAGUACAACAAAUGUAGAUCAAUACUAAAUAUUACAGUGACUAAGUUUACUGUCCUGAGUGUUUCUGCAGGUAUGUAAGACCCAAAAUAAACAAAUUGACCCCUCAGAGAUUAUAAAAACGCCUUAAAAUGUCAACAUCAGAUCAUGUAAGCGUAGAUGAUAUGAUUGAUCGCUGCUUUGGUCUGAUGGCUGCACCGCUAGUUGUAGCUAAACUGCUAAUGCUACUUGUACCGUCAGCAGUGACAGGCUGUACAGACUCCGCCCACAUUUUCAUACUUUCCGCGUAAUCGCUCAGGAAGAACUUCUUCAAAUGGUUAAACAGAUCUGUUGUGUUGUCGGUUUUUGAAGCACCGACCGGCAACAUACCUUACACAUCAGCUUGAAUAACUUCUCAACAAUAACGUCUAACAUCUAACAUACAGAAGUGAGCAGGAAAAGCUCGACUCUGAUUGGCUGUUGUGACGCACAUUUCCACUAUGUUUGAUCGAUAAUUGCCCAGUCCUACUCUAGAUCUCACACAAUAAAGCCCCUCCAUCCUACAUGUGUACAGAUCACAACAGUUGCUGUUAAGCGUGUGCUUGGUGAAGGACUAUAAGUCUAUGGUAUGUGUGUUUGUUCUUGUUCCCCCUUCCUGUCCUUUGUUGGUGUUUAUUGCCCACAUGAAGGUUGAAUAUAAACUUGCUGUUUCCUUCAAGAAUUACUCAACAUGUGGGGGUGUUUAUACACAAUUGAUUUAUGAGUCCCUGAGCAAAGCAUUGUACUUAGCUAUAGCUCUGCUGCCCCCCAGGCAGUAUAUAGUAAUAUAUACUUCUUCUGUUUCAUUGUGUCUUCAGGCUACAGAUAUAUGAGGUAAUUACUUGGCUGGUGAAAGAGCUUUUACCAAAAUCCAUGUAUCAAAUGUUUGCAUCUGUUUGCUCCAAACUCGGAGGGUAUAAAACCCCGUUAUUCCUCUCUGAAGUUAUUGCUGGGUUUGAACAAAUUUCAAGCGGCUGAAUCUGAACCUCUUGAGACCUUCUUCUGUUACGAUGUUAUUUGUUUUAAGAGCUUCCAUAUCCUUCGAAAAAGAAGAGUCGCUGUCUUUGUACGUUUUUGUAUUCCCAAUAAAAACAGAACAGACUUAUUUAUACAUAUUUAAUCUUUUUUAUUUUUGAUAUUUUCUUCUUUGUCCAUGUGAAGUUACUUUAAAAUUGUCUCUAAACUUAUCAUCUGGGCCGGUUUAACCAUCAUCCAGUCCACUUAUACCUUUUGGGUGCCAUGGGUAAGUUGUACAGAUGUAUGAUCUUGAAUGUUUUUAUCGUUUUGUUUAGCUUCUAUUAGUUGGUGUUUUAAAACCACCAUUUCUGCUCUCUCUCCUUUUUUUGUCCCUAGUGUACCCAUGGUUGCUGACCUGAUAGAAACGUGCAUCGAUGACGUCCUCAGGGCUCCUGUCGUCCCACCGGUGACAGCUGCAGAGGAAGCCGGACCGAGCAGCACCUAUGUCCCCCCCAUUGUCACAGGGGAAGAUCCUCUCAGUCUCGCUGGUGAGUCUACAGAAAACUAAACAGACACUCGAGAGCGUUCGAAGAUAAUAAAAUGUAAAUACAGGGGACCGUGCCAGUAAUAUGACUUUUAUGUUUUCACCAAUAAAAUAAACAACUGUAAUCCUAUUGAAGGAUUGAGUUUUAAUGUUAUUGCUUUCCAGAAGCGUCUGCUCGGCUGAAGCAGCUGGCCCUGGAGAGCAGUCCUCUUCCUGCUACUCCGAAGAACAACAUCAAUGUGAACGUGGCCAUGAAUAACCAGGUGGGUUUGUACUUGCAGAGUAUUCCCCGUUCCACCUAGGGAUGGGUAUCGAGAACCGGUUCCAAAUGGUUCAAUUCAUCGACAGCGUUUACAUUUCAUUUUAAUGAUUCCCUCAACGAUUCCUUUCUUCCGGGUGCUUGGAAAACGGUUUUGUGAGAGGCAGUUUAGCGAAGGAGAACAGAGACUUUUAGGAAAAAAACAUGGCGGAUGGUACGAAAAGAAAAGUACGAAAAGAGUUUGUGUAGCGUGGACUAACUGAGUUAGAAGCGCGUGAAAAACACUCAACCCGACCAGAAAAACCCUCAAAAUUUUGUGCACGACUCCACCCGGUGAAGCCAUGUCCUCUUUUUGGAGAUCCAGAGUAUGGUCACCCUGAAAUGACUUAAUACCGACCAAGUAAAUGUUUUACAAAUAGUUUGUCGUUUAGAUAUUUGAUAACAGAAAAAGAUGUAGUCUAAAAAUAAUUAAAGUCUACUUUUUUUUAAAUCAAAGACAGGCAUUGAUAAGGGAAUCGUUAAAGAAUUGAAUUGAUAAGCAGAACCUAAAAUGGCAACGAUAUCGAUAAAAUCGUAUCAAUUCCCAUCCCUAGUUCCACCUUAAAUCCUACCGCAGCUUUAGCAAACCAAGUGGUCCAGUCUGAUUCUGACCCCUCUCUUCUUUUUGUUUGGACUCGCUCAAACAGGAGGAUGUGGUGAAGCUCACGGAGAAGUGCGGUCUGAGCAGCGCCGGCAGCAGCCCGGUGGUCACCCCACUGCGCACUCCAGAGGAUCUAAAGAGCAACAUCCUGAAAGCACAGGUGGAGGCCGCUGCUCUCAAGGUGACGAAGGAAGGCCUCGAAACUGUACGCACUGAUAAGAGAGGGAAUAGGAAAGACAAGAAAAAAAGUUUUAAAUAUGACAGCUGAAGUUUGCUGCCUCUAAAAAGCAGGAUUUGAUGUGUGCAGCAAAGUCUAGCGCCACAGCUGUGAUGUCAGUGUGUUAUUAAGUAAGACAAAGAUACCUGGUUAUACAUGUCCACCACCCUCUCAAUGGAUCUCUCUUUCUCUGUUUAUCUGCAGGGAUGUCUGGAGGAACAUGUCAUUAUGGUCGGAGAUAAAAACUGUAACUUGCAGGAGGCCUCUGCCAGGUAUGCCCACACUUUUGCACCUAGUGUUUUAAAAAGGCGCACACAGAGCAGUCACUGUCAAUUGUCACAGGCGUUCAGCGGUAAUGGCUUUGUCUCGGGAGUUCUCCCUCCUCCACCGUCUUCAUGAGUCAUGCCAACUGUCAACACAUUGUCUCAGCCAAUGGUGGCGCUCCCUCCAGCUAGAGCCGAUUAACUACUUGAAUAUUCAUGAGGAUUAUUAUAGUAGUUCACAACAUUACAUCAUCUUCUGCUCGUCCUUGCAAGCAGAGCUCGGCAUUGUCUCGUAUUGGAGGGGAGGCAGUGGCCUGAGAUGAUAAGGAAAGAGGGAGCCGAAUCAGUUUUGGAAAAUGUCAUUUGUCACGAUACAUAAUGUAUUUAUGAAAAAUGAUGUACAGAAUUUGUUUUUGUGCAUUUUAAUCGUCGAUUUGAGUUAAAUGUGAUCAGAUUUUUAUGAAAACUUCGCCCCUAACUCUGUUUCAGUUCACGUUUUCUUUACUCUGAAUAGAUCUCAUAAGAAAUAAGCACAAAACAGGACUAUUCCCUGUUUUUUUCUCCAGGCUGAAAGUGCGCACUGGGCGAAUGGGCAGUAACUCAUCUCUGUCUGUUAGCAGUCGACCUGACAUACAAGACUCCUGGGACCUUCUCAAGCCAGCACCCCUGGCCUCAUCAGCGGGAGCUAGGUCAGUCUGUGUGCCUCGAUGCAGUUUUAACUUUGGAUGUGAAGAGUGUCCAUGAAUCCCACUGUGGCUUUUUGAAUAAGAAUGAGAUAGAGGGAGAAUAGAUGAGUGUAGGAGGACUUUGUUUUGUAAUACUCCAGAGGGGACGGAUGCUUUUUAUUCAAUCUGAAUUUAUGACUUCAAGUAAAAAAGCAACAAUAAUAAAAAGAUAGUCGAAGGCAUCAACCUUGUUUUAUAUUCCACUGUAACCCAUUAGAGACAAAGGUGCUGCCCGGUUUCACAGUCUUUACUGACAUCUGUUGGCAUGUUUGAGCAUCGUGUUAGUUUGUGUACGUGUGCGCAUAUGUGUUUGUGUGCAUCUGGGCGUGAUGAGUCACAUGACUUGAGUUCUGCCUGGAUACUGCUGCCGUCCCCGCUCAUUAAGCCUUUACAGUAAGAUGACAGGAAAAUAAGGACACUUGCAGUUUGGACAGUUCACAACAGCUGCACAGCCCCGGGUUCAUAAAUGCAGUAAAUGCUCUGAGUGUUUUUUUCCUCCAUGAUCUGAGGGGAAAAAAACACUUUAUAAAUCCUUUCUUAAGGAUAAGAAACUUAAACUUUGUUGUUUUUAAAAUUUUGUUUUUUUUUUCUUCUUGACCUUGUUGAACAAAAAUCUGACUUUUUUUGUAAACCGUGUUUUUUUUGUCAUCAGCGCUGAGGUGCCGGCUGAAGAUGUGAACUCCUCAGUUCCCAAGAUGCCCCCUGAGUCUGCUGUGGAGGUCAUGGCGCCAAAGGUAAAAGGAGUAUUUGUGUUGAAUUACUCAAUUUGCUGCAUGUACAUUCACUAUUAUAAAGAAAAAACUGACCAUUUUACAUUUUAAAGACAACACUAACCCACUAACAUCAGUCCUAUUGCUCGUAAAGUGUAUCUUCAUGAGGGAUUUUAAUGUCUUUAAUGAUGAGAGUAAAACACGUCUCUAACACAUGGACAUGGCUCCUCUGUCCUACUGUGACUAAAAGAAAAACAUGUUUUAUAAAGAAUAAUCUUAAACCAAAUAAGAGUCAAUCGUGUACUACACAAUGUGCGCUAUAUUCGUUUGUAUGUUUUGGUAAAGAGUAUGCGUGACAUCCUGCAGGCCAAAGCGGAGGAGGUUGACCCGCCUAUCCCCGCCCCCGUGUCUGACAACCUGAUUGAUUUCACUGAUCCAACUCCUGCGGUAAGUUCUUCAAAAUUUAUUUGUGCCGCCGGUUUUCCAAACAACAGGCUGUAUGGGCUUAGUAAUACAGGAGGGAAAUAACGGUCACUGCUGAGGGUGAACCAGCAUCCUCAUGACCCAGCAUCCAUCGACUGCUUAGAAAAACUUAAGUCAAAUAAUGGUGACGUUCAUGAUUGUAAUAUCAAGCAAAAAUAUACAGUCCGUAUUCACUUCAAAUGCGUUAUGCCAUCUAAGAGAUGUCCCCAAAGUGCUGUCCAUUCAUGCACGAUAUUAAAAAACAAUUAAAUAAAAUAAAUAAAAAUACAAAUGCCAAACCCCACACACCCUCCCAACCCUCAUUCAACACAUACAGCACUCACACUCUCACACACACACAGAUGCACACACAAAAGACCAGGUGAGGACUCUUCAACUUGCCACAGAUGACUGAGGAAACACUGGAUCUAGGACUAAAACGAUAAAACCAUGAUCAAAUAGAAUAAAGGUGAUAAAGUGUUAAAAAUUAAUUAAAUAAAGCAGUCUUAAAAUCAAAAAAUAAAAGAGAGUAAAUUAAAAAAAGAGGUAAUAAAACACAAAAUGAUUACUCCAGGACUAAAAUUGCAUAAAAUCACAUAACGCAGAUUAAAAGAUUAACACAAAAUUCAACUGAAAGCCAGACUUAAAGGGUAGGUCUUUAGUUUACUUUUAAAAAUAUGGACAUUAUUUUCACAUAAGAUGUUACUAAAAACAGUUUUUAAAGAUUUAAAAAUUAUUUGAGCCCCUUUUAAAUAAAAUAGUUCAAAAACAACAUAUAAAGAGUUGAUUCCAGAGAAAAAAAACUAACUCCUGAGUGUAAAAAAUGUGCAAAGUUCUGUGAUUUUGUCAUUUAGAGACUUAAGAAUCUGCUGAAAUUUGUUCAAAAGACACAAAGCUGAAAACCAACUCCAACGGGACUGAUCUCAGGUGGCACAGCAUUUCAAACAGACUUGACUCUGUAGUGUAAAUCACCGGAUGGAUGCCAUUAACGCUUCUAUUCUUAGUCUUUUUUCCUGUCUGUUAUGCACCAGAAUUAUACCUGAUUUGAAGUCUACCUGUAAUGGACUAUGAGUGUUCUGGAUGCAGUGAUACUAAUGACCCGAUCAUGUAGCAUCAAUAUAAAGGUACUGAGAGUAACACUUGUCCUCAUGUUCUCCAGCUCCCACCGGUGCAGCCGCCCAAACCUCUCAUCACACCCCGCUGGAUCAUUCCUACAACCACUGUGAGUGUUCCUCCUCAGUGUUUACCUCCUCAACAUCCCAACAUAUAUCCUGUGUUUUUGAUGCAGACUGAACUUUGUGUCCAAAAAGUGGUUCCGAUCAUUACUUCACAGCGUACUCGCAUAGCUGCUGUUCACUGAAGCUGAUGUAGAGACUUUGUAGAGACUGGCCUCACACCUUCUUCCCUCGUCCCCCUCUAAUGCAGCCCUCUGGUGUUUUUACUAACGGCCUGCUCGACCUCGACCCCCCUGCUAAGAUCAACCCUCCUCCGCCUGCAGACGGGGGAGCCGCUCUCACCCCAGCCCUCCCCCUCCUCGCUCACACACGCACCACCAUCUCCGCCAGGUAAAAAGCCCAAAACACACCGCACUUGUUUUGAAAGCCAGCUUGAUAGAACGCCGCCCUCUGCUGACGAAGCGAGGAAAUGCCUCUCAUAUCUGAAAUCUAAACACAAGCAGAUAAUUCCCUCUCUUUUUUUUUCCUUCAGCACUGUGGGUCAGCAGCCGGCUUCAGAGGAUGGAGCCAAACCCAGAGGUCUCCUGACCACUGAGCUCUGA